GGGAGGAGCUGCGUGGACGUCGUCUCAAUUACGUCAUGCACAAACAGCUGGUCGUUGGCAAAAAAAAAAUUGUGAAAAAAUGUAGACCAGCACAGCGACGGAGAACUGCACCCGGGCUGGAGCCCCUUCACUGAGGAUUUCGGCUUUUAACGAUGUGGCAGCUGGAGCGCCGGGGCUCAGGAUGUAGCCCUCCGAGGCUCCUCUUGCUUGUUUACACCUCUGUGUGCGCGCUCGGAGGUGAGUCUUUCCACUCAGUGUGUGCGGCUGUGUGAUUCACGGGGAGCUGUUCCUUUUGUCGAGGUGCUGAAAUUCUCUCACCAGAGAGAAGCGGCAUCGAGUCCAGUGUGUCCGUAACAUCCACAGCUGCUGCUGCUCCAACAGAACCGUUUUCAUGAGCGCAGGCUGGCUCCACUGCUGUGAUGCAUGGGGAAGGUUGCUGCUGAUAAUGGCACGCCAAGACACUGACAGAUGCUCCUGUAGGAUGUACGAUAGGAUGCCGAGGGGCUGAAUGUGGAAACCCGUUAGGAUGGAUAGUCUCGAUGUUGUUUUCUUUGCUUGUUUGUGGGUUUGUUUGUCGUUGUUUUGCUCUUUUUUUGUUGUGAAAGAUAGACUAGGACCAGAGAGUAAGACAGUGAUUGAGUUUACCUCUAUUGUUUCAUGUUUAGAUCAUGAGUUUUAAAUAUAAAUUUGUUAUUCAAAAAUGUGGACACUAAAGUUUAACCUUAAAAUCCCUUUAACUCCAUGUCCUUUUGUAAAUUCAAAGUAGGAAAUCUCUUUCUUUCUGAGCAAACUGGUGUGAGAGUAGACACAAAGACUGUUUUUUUUCUUGGGUCUUGUCCUCAAACAUGCCUCUGCUGCUCCAACACAGAGGCGUGAGACAAAAACACCCUCAACGCUCAAUCAUGGGACAACAAUGAAUCCAUACCUACAGCACAUGCUGUACCGGCUGUGGUCAGGUAACGGCUCAAAGGUCCGUCUCAGGACGUCGCAGUCCCUUGACAGACUUGUUGCUGUUUUGUCUCGUCACUUCUGACAAAUCUUUGGAUGAAGUCAGUGCGAUCAAUUUCCUCACUCUGAGCUCUUAUUACAGACUUACCGGUGAUGUUUUUGUGCAGUAAACAACACAAAGAGGAGGAAUGAAGUGGUAUUAUUUGGAAGAAAAAGACGGAUUGAGUGAUGUUGAAAGGAAGAGCGGUUGAUUUGAAUGGUCAUUUUGUGUUUGUUCAGCUGGAAGUCAGUUUAUCCACUCUAGAUGGGAAUAAUGCUCAGUUUUGUAUCGACCUGUUAGUAUUUCACAUGACAGCUCUAUUGUUGAUGUCUUUGUGGUUGAAAGAAGAAAGUCUAUAAUCCUCAUGGCUGUGUGUUCGAUUUUGUUGUUCUGUUUGAGGCAGUGAGCAACAUGGAGCAGAUGAUUCACUGGGCGGUAGAUAUAAUGAAUGUUGACCUUUUCACCUUUGUUUUCGCAUGCUCCUUCUUUCACAUCUGUUUCUGCGGAUACUCAGACGACUGUCCCCUCCCUAAAAAAAUAUAAAGUAUAAAGAUGAUCCUGCUCAGAAUUCAAGGAUGAAUCUGUGCUUGAGAUGACAAAAAGCAGGAUUAUGUCUGUAUUAAGCCUCUCACAGAGUAAAACAGUGGUUGGGAGGCACUCAUUGAAGAGAUUACUGAGUUUAGAGCCACGCUGUGGGAAAGCCUGUGAGCACUCGGCAGUGUUUUAUCUCCAAAUGAAAAUGUCUUUAUUGAGCGAACAAACACAAUAACAUAUUUAGAACAUUUGGCAGCUUUGCACCUUCACAAUAAGUGUAGUUAGAGUGUGAAAGCUGAAUUCACACCCAGACGUGUGUGUUUUUUGGAAGGGGUGCGUUUUACCUUCUGCGUUUUCUUUUCACACAGAGGAGACAUGAGAAUAGAACUGCAAGUUUAUUAUUCCAAUUAAUUAUAAUGCAUGUGAAUUUCAGUCUUAUUUUCUGUUAAAUAACUGAACUUAAGACGCUGAUAUGAUUGAAAUGCUGCCUGUCUUGUCACUUGAGCGUGAAUGCAUCCACCCAUUGUUUAACAAAAGCCCAGUUAAAAACUCUUGUAUCAGUUAAAAUCCCAGUUGAGGUAAUUUCUGUUAAAUGUACGUUUCAGUUGUAUUAAUUCAAACAUGCAUUGAUGUUACAUUCAUUUUUGCAUGCAUGCAGACAAGGAAGAAAUGGCUGUGUUGGGGGAGGCAGUGGCUCAGUCUGCACAGACUGGGCUUAAGAACUGGAGGGAUGCAUCCAAGUCCCAGUGCAGACAAAAGUAUGAAAGGAUAUCUGUGAAUCUUUGCUCAGGGCGCCCGAGGAGCAGAGUGUAAAAAUUAAACUUUCUCUAGGGUAUUAAUGUAGUGUGCCAUCUUUAUUUCCUUCUGUUAAAUGAUGCUGAAAAAUCACUUAAAACAGCUUUGUUGCAUAUUUUGACCGAAGAAAACAGCAAAUAAGCCAUUUCACACAAAGCUUUACCGGCUGGUUUGUGUCUCUAAGCAAGAGAGAGAUUUCCCUUGUCGUGACUAUCUGAAGGAUCUAUGAAUUUAGGGGAAGUGUAACUACAAAACAAAGAGCAGACAAUGGAGAGAAAAACUUUGACACAUCUUUUUUUGGGAUAUUCCAAAGUGACUAAUUUAGUCGUCAUUAAGAAAACACAUCAAGUUUGCCUCAGUUUAUCUUUAACAUGGCUUAAAAGGGAUUGCAGUUUAUCCACUCAAUCAACGUCGAAUUAUUUUUCUGAGUCCGGGGAAAGUCUGCAUGCUGAUUCUGGUUCAGGUGAUGACGUUUGACCGUUUAGUUGACUUAAUCUAUCAAACCCCUCAUUUGUGGUCUUAAUCCCAACUUUGGAAAUCACUGAUUGAUGCUUUGGUGCAGUAAAUGUUGACUUUAUUAUCAGUGUGGUCAGGUGAUAUAGGACAUCGUUGUCUUUUUAGUGAAGCUGGUGGUUGAGCCUGGAGUUUAUAUCAUCAGACUUUCCAUCACAGUGUGAAGGUUUUUGUUGAACACUGUUAUCACCGUCCAACACAAGUUGUGUCUCCUGAUCUUAAAUGUGAUUGUUUUGCUUGUUUGUUUCUCUCUAAUCCGUCACACAGAGCAUACCGUAAGCGUACUGCAGAUAUCAGCUGUACUUGUACCACACUCAUGAAUUGAGUCGUAGCGCUCCUGUCAAUGCCACGUGACCAGUUUCUCUUGAGUAAUAGGUAACCAUGUCAUAAAAGAGCACACAUAUACCACAGAUAGAGGACCAGAUGAAGGCUAGAAUGUGAAUAAAAUCAGGACCAGGAGCUCUGAGUGUGUUCAGGCUUUAGCUCCUGACAGUAAGAUUGCUUCAUUCUUCUGACUCUCUUUCUCCUUAUUCUGCACCUUUAGUAUUCAAGGUUGCUUCCAUAGGUGAGAGGCAGUGUGAGCUUUGAGGGCUGGUAAUAGCGUGGGGGGAGAGGAGCAGAACAGAGCCAUUUUUCUCUUCUUCCCUGACGCACAUUGAAAGAUUACACAUUCAAAAAAACCUCUAUGGCUUUACACAUCCACUGUACAGGCACAGCACUCCAGUCACUGAGGGUCACACGGUUUUCUUCUCUCUGUGUCAUCAUCAUCAAGGUGAAAAGCAGAGGCAGCAGCAAUAAAAUAAAGAUGUAAAUGACAGCACCAGCAGAGCGAGCUUGCUUCCUGCCUUGCUAUAACUCUUAGAUGAACUGGCCUCUUGCUGUUUUAGUGGCGCAGGCUGUUCAUCGCAUCCUCAAAAGUGUUGUGCGAAAUGCACUAUUUUUUCCACAAACUGUAGGUGAGAUUAAUUAUCCCUCACAAAGGAAGGAAAACUGUGAAAGACAAUGCCGCAGGUAUUCUGAGUACAGAUGGUAGAAAUGGUUAUAAACAGGAAAAAAGGAGCGUGUGACAAAUGGAAAACAUUCUCCUCGAGUGAAACAUCAAAGUCUCCAUAUUGUUCCCAUGAAAUACUGCUGCCGUCUUCCUUAUCUACUUGUUUGCAGUCUUGAUAACACUUAUCUUACAAAUUCAAUAUGUUCCAGUGUAGCAAUUAUGUGACUCACACACAAUUUCCCAAGAUUUUGCCCACCCGCUGCGUAUGCUUGAUGCCAGCUAGGCUCAUGUUCUGUAGGUAAUAUGAGAGAUUACACCUGUCACUUGUUCUGCAGCUUUUAUACGUAGAGGAUGUAAUCCAUGGAUUUGAAAUUAUUCAGGGCGUGAGUGAGCCUGCAUACAUGCGUGCAUCUCCCUCAGCUGCUUUAAAGGGACUUGAAGUCUGUGAAGACAUACUUAGAUGAUCUAGCUCUUUACAAACAGUUGGCAGGGUUCGAGGGGGAGCUUGUCUUCACGGGCUUAAGAUGGAGAUAUCGCUUAUGUCUUCAUUCUGUUUUUAAGACUGAGAGUGUGAGAGUUUUGGAAACGCUUGUGAAUUCAGCCUUGAAAAGCAAAAGGUUUGAUAACUAUAUUUAAGACAAAUAAUAGCAUAGGUAAGGGUGUCAGUAUCAGUCUGUCGUUCAAGUGCUCUGAUUCAGAUUGAGAUGUCUGCACAGCUGCGUGCUCCAGGAUUUUAAAGUCUGCGGUUUGUGCUUUUGAAUCAGUUUUGCUUUAAUUGUAGUUUGAUUGGUAGAUGAUAGCUGCUAUAUAACGGCAUGUUAAGGCUAGUUUAAAUUUUGCUAGCUAUGGCUUAUACACCUAACUUAGAAGACAGCACAAAAUGAUUGGUAUCCUCCAAGAGCUCAUUUCUGUGUUGCCACCAUUCAUUAUUUAACCAUCUUUAUAAAAGCAUGUUUUGAUGUUUAAUGUAAUGCUGACAAGCCUAAACCAAAAAAGCGUGCUAACAGUAAAUUAAGAUAUUUAAAGGAACUGUACGUGCUUCCAGCAAAUUAGCAAAUGUAUUCUUAACAUUUUAGCACGCUUAAACACCAGAGUUUAAGAUACUGUAAGCGUUGUACUGUAACUGUUUUUUUUUUGGAUUAAACUAACAUGAUUAUAAACAACAUACCUGCCAAACUCUAUAAUGUUUGAAUGCCAUUGUAGGCUUGUUGACCAAAUGUAAUCCCACUCUAAGCAUUGUUAUAAUGUUUUCUGUUUUCUCUCAUAUUCAUCCUCAUAAAUAAAGAAUAUUCCCUGCUUGUUUCCACAGACUGCCUUUUCGUGACUGAAUACUUCACCCGCACGCCUCGUAAGCUGAAUGCUUUCAACUCCUUUGCGAGUGUGGAACUGUUCCACUUCAAUGUGCCUGAUGACACCAUGAUGGCCGUAUGGAACCUCAUCACCUUCAAGGAGCAAGGCGGCACGUUCGGAGACAGCUGCCCUAACCGCAACGUCACCGUGUAAGAUGCUGAGUUCUCCUUUUCUGAAGUUGCUCGUGCAAAGUGCGCCUUUGUUGUUGCACAAAGCUGAAAUCUGCUCCUUCUGUGGUGUAAAAAUAGAUGAUGAUAAGCAUUUCAGUUUACCUUUUGCAGGAGGUUAUAGCAGCUGAUUAACAGUGAGCAUAACUGAAUCCUCCACAUAUAUAGAGAGAAACUGCUGUUAAAUUAUUAGUCGCAUUUACGUUUCAAUUUCAACUAUCUAUUUUUAUUGAUGAGCAAAGAGCUGCUUUCUCAUGUGACACCUCUAUGUCUAUGUGAUGUUGUGAUUGAUGGGGACAUGAUAAUCACUUUAAAAUGUGUUGGCUAGAUUAUUAAUGUUUGAAUUUGAAUUUUUCAUAUUUGAAAUAGAACAAGCCAUCUGUGCUCAGGCUGUCAGCUGUUCCUGUGGGUGAAUUUCAUAUUCUAGCAGAUGCUCCUGUUGUUUAUGAAAAUAUUAUGUCUUACUGGGAUUGUAUUUCGACAGGUACUUCAGGUCUGGGGCUCCUCCGGUAAUAAAUCCUCUCUACACCCGCUUCCCUCGGGAUACAGUUGUCCCAGGAUCCUUUGCAGUCACUCUUACCUGGACUCUUCCAAACCGUACAACAGGAGCGUUCAACGUAACCAGCCCGCUCCCUGGAGACUGGUUCCUAGCUGCGCAUUUACCCAAGGAUGAAGGCAAGAUCUCAGUCAAGGUGAGUCAGAAAUGAACGGCACGCUGCUGAAAUUUCAAUCUGUACAUGUUGUGAUUCUGUUUGUUCACAGCUGAGAUUUUAUUGUUUCAACACAGCGCUCCCAAGAGGGAAACUAACCAGAUGGUGUGGCCUUUUCACUAAUGUCAAUGUAGCUGUUAGAGGGCAGAUUCUGCAUUGGGUUGUGAAAUUACAUAUAUCUUUUGGCAAGAUCGUGGACUGCUCAGUAGGAGUGGUUUAACCAGUUUAACCAGACGCAUAUGAUCAUGGCUCUAUUUUCUACACCAUUGAGGUAGGAGAUGCCAUCUCUCAUCUAUGCUUGUUUAGUGGAACAUUGUCGCAUUACAGCAGUAGAUAUUAACUGGAACUAAAUCCCUGGCUAACGGUGGCUGGCUGUGCAACAAUUUAGACACAAUAUAUAAUUGGCAUUUCUGGCCUUGUUUCGCCCUACAUGAGAUUUUGGUGACAAUCUACUGUCACCAUCUGUAGAGGAUGCAUUGUUCUAAUAAAUCUAAUAGAUAUAAGAGAUAUUAAGAUAUUUCACUUAAAGAGUUAUCAAUAAUUCUUAGUUAUAUAGCACAAAAACACAUGAAGAUUUUUCCUCUAACAUUUUCAGAAUCAGAAUCAGAAUCAGUUCUCAUUACUGCUGUCUUUAUACACGUUAUAGGCUGUAAGAUAUAAAGGAAAUGCAGGAAAUAAGUAUGCAAAGUGUAUGAAUUGUACAAUUUAUGCAAAACAAAAUAUAUAACAUAAUGAUUAGAUAUGGAAAAAAGAAAUGUGAACAUUAAGUGAAAAUUUGCACACUUGGAUUAGUAAAGAUAAUGUUCAGUUUAGUUUUUAAUAUUGACAGUUUAACUUUUGCACGUACGAAAGUAUAGUUCACGUAUUUUGCAGGUGCAGUCUGUGCUAGGGCUGGGCGAUAUGGCCUCAAAUCAAUAUCAGGAUAUAUUGAGCAGUCAACCUCGAUAACCAUAAAUGGACGAUAACUACUCCACAAGCUGCUCACCCCCUCCCACCUCAACUUCGUCUACUUCAGCCGCUGCUACGACUUUUGAACCGUCCUCCAUCUCCUCACAUGUUUUUCCCUCUUUGUUAUGGACCGGAUGGGGUGGAGUCAUGUCUCCAACGUAGGACAGCGUCUUAAAGGGACAUAAGACCAUAGCGCUCUUAUUUAUUUGUUUUUUGACACCGAAUAUAUUGACAUGGGCAAAAUGACGUUGAUUAUUGUCCUAAGUUUUGGUAUUGGUAAAUUUUCGGUUUGUCGCCCAGCCCUAGUCUGUGCUAUCAUAUAAAUCCUUAAAAGAGAUCAGGAAUGCACAGAUUGUAAGAAUCAGUACUGAUACUAAUACCAAUGUUUGAAAUAACAAACAAAAAUGAAUCUGAUAGUUGAUUCCAAUAUUGAUGAACCUCUCUCUGUAGUCCCUCUUGUCUGUAUUUGAUUUAAUGCCAGUAGUCCUUCCUCUUUUAAGGCCUCUAGUCGUAAGAGGUGCACAGUCCUGAUCAUUCUCAGGGAUGGGGUAAUACACCCGUAAGACAUAUUUUUUUUAUGUUCCACCAUGACAACACACCACGUGUGUGAACACGGCAUCUGUUGCCUUUUAAUGUUUUGCCUGAGCGACUCUGUCCUCUUUGAAUCAGCAGGUAGGUGUUCCUGCUUGCCAACAUGACGUUGGUGAGACACAACAGAUAAACACUGGCUGCUGUCAUUGGCUCAGUGCUCAUUAUCUGUAUAGGUGGAUAUCAGUUAGUAGUGCCAAUAUCAGCCAUACUGGCUUUGAACUGAUUUAUACCUGCUGGUAGUCUGGUAGUACACAGUAAAAAAGAGAGGGGAUCACCAAUGUCUGUAGGAUUGGUUUUUUUAUGGCCGUACAGCUGAUGGUGCCUGAGCUGUGUUAGUCUGAACCAGAAACCGUGAACAGGCUCUCCAGCAUAAACAUGACUAGAGCGGGCGCUGCAUGUGGGAGAAUCUCAGCCAGCCUGAGCUGUUACAGCAGCAAAUGGGAGCUUUGAUCUCGGCUUUGUUAUACAUCAUUCUGGUAAAACGGAAUCUUAUUAAUGUGAAAGAGUUAUGUAAUGUAUCUUAAAUGAGAUCUACAUCCAACACAUUUUCUUCAUGGUUACUUAACUGCGAAAUGAUGUAAGUAUCUGCUGGGAUUAGUAUUCCAGCUUGUGCUGCAGAGCUCAAAGAGGCAGAACAGAGUCAGAGUCUUUUUGCCUUCAUCUCAUCACGUUUUCCUGUUUGGCCACAUAAACACCUGCUGAUUUCCAUUUCAGGCAAUUUGUAUGUUGCUGGCCUGGCGUUCUGUUGCGCUUCCUUUGUGAUUUCCUCUGGCAGGAAAAAAGGUGUAGCUGGAAUACACAACAAUCAGAAAUACCAUCAGAAGUUGCUGUCAAAAUUGCAUGUUUAAAAAAAAAAAAAAGGUUUGCUUUGGCAGCACUGGGGAUAGAAGCUCCUGUGGCUUAAAUGUGACCUGCCUCCAGCGUAACAUACCUAUUUCAAAUUAUGCUUUCUGAGGCAAUUCUCUGGCAACCAAGACGUGAUGUUUUUCAUCUCAGAGAGGGGACACAGGAAAGGAGGAACGCAAGCUAAACAAGGGGGAGUACAGACAGCAUUUACAGAAAUCCUAAGUCAAAUGCCGAACUAGGCAAGCAGGAUAUCGAGCCACCAAAAGCAAAGAAGCACUGAGCCGCAUACUUAUGUGACUUGCUAAAAUUUCCUUCAUUGCAAUUAAGAAAGACUGAAUCAUGUCACAGAAACAGAGAUAUCCCUUUAUAAACAUUUAUAGGCCAUAUUUCUAUCAGGCAUGACUUCCUGUGGACUUUUAAAAAAUCUUUAUAUAUAUACCUCAAUGUGAUUGUCUGGUAUAUAUUUUUAUUAUUACAGACUCGUUCACAAACUUUUGUCAAGUCAUUAAAACUCCUCUGUGAAACUUUCUGUUUAUGUUGAACCGAGCUGCACCAUCCCUUUAUCUCUUUGCUGAUUAGGUUUGUGUAAAAAAGUGUCAAAUGUAUUUGUCUUUGCAAAUAUCUGCUAUGAAAAAUGACUAUAAAGGUUGCUUCUUUGCCUGGCACCUACGCUGUGGUAACAGUUCCAGCCUUUGAAAACAAGCCCACAAAAAUAAUCUAUUUUGUCGCUGAUGGUCGUCUUGUUUUCUUUUGUUGCUCAGAUAAAGACACUGGUGUGGAUUUCAGUCUGUUUCAUUACCAGCUAAAAAGUCUCCACAGAGGCUUUGAGGAGACAAAAAGCAACCUUGGAUGGGGUGGGAAUUCUCUGAAACUUUUCAUUAGACGACAACACAUACUGGAUUGAUUACCAUUGAUCCAUUGGUUGUAUGUUGGGAGGGGGGCAGAGUCCUUCCACAGACAUAAUAUGAAUUCUCUGACCAGAAGAGAGCAGAAAGACCUCACGUUUGUUUGGCACUAACUGAGAGAAAUGUUCUCUGGACCAGCACCAGACAAUGAAAUCAGUGGAGUACCACAUAUUUUUGAGAAAGUCUUAAACCAUGAACGCUAAAGACCAUAAAGAUGAGGGCAAGACUAGAGCAUGUGUCACAAUGUGGAAGAAGCAGGUUGAAAGGAUCACAUUUUGGGUCUUAAUCUUAGCCAGUUUAUCUGUAAAAAAAUCUUAAAACGCAAGAAUCGUCAGGUUGUAUGAAACAACAGUGGUUAUAGAUAUGUCUACAACUUCAUUGGCAGCAGGCGAAGUUACUAUGCAUCACUUUUCUAACACUGAAAUGUAGUUUUGACCUGUUCUUAUAUAAUAAUUUCGUUAUUCAUAAAUGUACUUUAUAAAACCCUGAGGGGUUGAAACUCAACUUCUCUACUCUGACACUAAAUAACGCUACACACCCAUAGGCUCGAAUACACACGCAUGCACAUGCACAAACAGGACCCUAUGAGCAUGCAUUAAUGGAGAGAAGUCAGAGUGAGUGGACUGCAAACAGAUGGAAGAAGUUGAUGGUUCAUGACUUGCUCAAAGGCACCUUGGUAGUGCCCAGGAAGUCAACUGUAAUGUGUAAAUUAGCAUCAGUUCUCAUCAGAAACACAACAAUUAUGAAUCCUUUAACACAGAAUGAAUGAUUUUAAAUGUUCCCUCUUUAAAAUAAACUUAGUCACAUAAAACCAAACGCACUAAAUAGGCUCAGAAAAUACACAUGAGCAGGUUUGGAUCAGUGGGUAAAGCAAACUCUCAGUGUACUCACUGAGGCUGCAAACCUCGCUUCAGCGGUUGCUGGUUUGACUUUUAGCCUCGACCUUUUCGUCGAAGUUCAGCUGUCUCUCCUGCCUCUCUUCAGCUGUCCCAACUAAUAAAGGUGAAAAAGCCCAGAGUAACUUAAAAUACACAUUAAUCUAAUUCCAUUUUAUAUAAUCCUGCAAAUAUCAUAAAAUGAAGCUUUAAAGAAAAUAAAGUGGUAUUCAGGUUCGUCUCAUUAAAGUGUAAAUGGAAGUAUUGAAUAUACAACACACACUCAUUGUAGGAGUCCUAAUUACAGACUCAAAGAUGACUAAAGAGUUCAAUAACACUGAACAGGAGCUUUCACAGGUUGCGCUCAUUUCAGUGCUGUUGCAGUGGAUUGCAUUAGAUUGUUCAGGUAUAACUAAUAAAACAGAAACUUAUUGUACACCCCAGAGAUUUCCUGAAAAUUACAUUUUCUCAGAGCGUCAUUCAGUCUGAAAGAGCUAAAUAAAGCAAUUAGUCAGGGUUUCAAUGGGGAGUUUUAGUGCUCUGUAGCCUAAAUAGAUUUUCAGAGGCUUAAACAUCCUGCCAAGACUGAAAUUCUGGGGGAAGUAAAUUAAUGCCUAUAUCUUUCCUGGUAUAAAGAUUGUUAAAUUUAAAGCCACUGAACGUCAUCAAAAGCUGUCUGCAGUUAUAAUGUGAAAACAUUGGCCUUCGAAAUCCCAUACUGGCUGCACGUUAAUUAAAACCUAAUUUGCUCUACAUGACGCAUGUGCAGGUCCAACUGACAGGCUGUAAUAAAUCAAAGGGUCACCUCAGCAGCUCCCAGACUAAUGCCACAUGUCACAGUAAUUGUGCCUGGAGCAGGAUGGGUUGGGGACUGUUUGACAGAAAUGAAGGGGCUCAUUUGGCAUUCACACCUGUCCUUUUGAAUCAGGUGCAAAAGCCCCGGCUCCUUUUAAAACAAAUCCUACAGCAGAUCAUGCGCAGGAACAAUUCACGGCCUUCUGCCUCUCAGUCGGUCCUUCUCCUCGGCUCAUCUCACAGAGUAAUGCACAUCAAGCAUUAAUGGUUCAGAACAACACCAGUGAAAUAGUGGGUGCAUGUUACGCUGUGUGGCAGUCAGAGUGAGGACAGAGUGAUAUUAAUCCAGCAGGGCGACAGGCUUUAUGCACACAGCCCAUUAGGGAUUUUCAGCCAGUCUGCAUGAUAUCUAAUCUCCUCCUUACCGGCUUUUAAGAAAUAUUGCUGAGUUAACCACUAAAGUACCAUCUGAACCCCUGCUGUGUUAUCCAUGCAGGGUCUGUCCGAGGAAUGCCAGUAUCUGUUCCAGCCUCAGCUCAUCGUCCAGAGGCUGAUCGGGAUUUCGGUGCUUUAUCCUGGAUACUUCAUCGACCAGAUGAUCCCUGCCCAUAACAGAUCUGCACUUUAUAAGUAAGUGUGCCUGUGCUUUCAAAAUCCAAAUGUCAGGGUGGGUUGGCUUUGAAAUUACACUCUUUUUUUUUUUUGGUGAGAAAAAUAAACUUUAAUUUUUGCGCAAUCUACCUCCUCGCCCACUCACUGACCUCUUAAGAUAUGAUUUUGCCCAAGUCUUCUUCAUAAGCUAACCACAGAUUUUCAUUCUAAAAAGGAUGCAAUUUUUCAAGUGUGUGCUCCUGGUCUGUGCACCUUUAUUAACUUUCUUCUCUGAAAGUCACCACAGUACUAUGAGCAAAAGAAGUCUGAACUCUUCAAGGUCUCUGUUCUUUUGAUCACGUUCUUUUGAAACUCUCUUAUUCAAGAAAAAGGUAUUAUUUAGGUAUUAGUUUCUUUACAUCUAAAAUAAGUCCGGUGAUGAGUUUUUAGUCUCUGCUGCGUAUCUAUAUGUCUGUAUUUUAUUUAUUUAAAAUACAAGUUCAUGUGGAGUACCAGAAUUAAUAUUAAGGGCAGAGAAGAAGUGAGACCAUUAUAUUUAACGAUACUUCUACAUAUUAGUUAUGAAGCUACAGUAAUGGCUAAUAUCUACCUGCUUCAAAAACAGCAGAGUAGGAACUACAUUACAGUAAAAGUAGUUUAUACAUUCAGAAACAUAGGAUAAAAGCAAAGAUAUCCUUCUAGAGGACCAAUUAUUGGGCUUUUUAAUCCUGUUUUUAUACAAUAACCUUAAAUACACCUGAACUACAAUCCCCUGUAACUCUUUCAUGCUCUGUGUAGCCCAGGCUGCAAUUAUUACUGCUUCUAACACAUGUCUUUGUGUGUGUUUUUAUCUGUGUGUGUGCUUGUGCAGAGUGUUCAUCCCCAAUUAUAUAUCGAAGGUGAAGGUUCAGCUGGUAAACUGCAGCACCAGGAACAAGAGUAGUGAGAGUUGUCCCGUGGUGUUGAAGAUAAGAGCCCGGGCGCCUCCGGUGCAUAACUCAAGUGCCCUCGACUGCAGGGAGUGGAACCCUUGUGAAUUAGAUACCCUUGUACCUGCCUGGGAACAAUGGUACUACAUCCUGGUGGAGAGAUAUCUCAGUAACUCCAAUGUCUACUUCCGCAUCGGGGUGCAGGUCACAGGUGAGUUUGUUUCACAGGCAGAGUGUGAUGUGUAUCCACUCCAACACUUGUUCUUUUAACAAGUGUUGGAGUCAGUUUUCGCAGGCUGAAGAAUUAAAAGGGGCCAUUUUGAAAAACCAACAGAGAUUUGAUCCGAAAAAGAGGAAUGAACAAGAUGGUAACACUUUAUUUGACGCCUGUCUCUAUAACGCAUUAUAAAUAUAUUUAGAAUGUAUUAUAACACUCAUCAAUGAUCAUAAUUUAUAGCAAUAAUCAUAACACAUUAUAAAGCAUUUUAUCCUGACUUACAAGGUCAGGUGUAAUAAUGUGUUAUAACUGUUAACAACUCACUGACGAUGCCCACAUAGAUAAUGCAAUGCAACUGCUGUUAACACAUUAUAAUACCUGACCUUGUAAGUCAUGAUAAAAUGCUUUAAAAUGUGUUUAUGAUUAUUUCUAUAAAGCAUUAUGAUCAUUUAUGAGUGUUUAUAACGAUAGUCAUACAGUGUGAUACCGUGAUUAUAACGCAUUAUAAAUAUGUUUAUAAUGCGUUAUAGAGAUAGGCGUCAAAUAAAGUGUUACAAAAAAGACAAAAUCAAAACACCUUUGAAAUGUCAUAGAAUUGAUCUUACAGUGUUGGUCUGCUCGUGCAGACUGUGAUCUUCCAUUAUCUGUUGUUUAUUUCAGUCGUUUGCAAACCAAAUGAAUCCAAUCAAGCAUAUGUAACAUUCAAAUAGCAGCAUUGAAGUUACUAAAGAGUAAAUAAAACAAAGAGUAGCAGCAGCUGAAUCAAAGAGAAAAGAUAAAGUAAUCACACAGUGUUCAAUAUGGACUUUAUUUCACAUCGGCCACCAUUAGCUUCAGGUCACAAAGUAGAAAAAGUGAUGACAUCAAAGACCCUGAGGGAGGAAUACACAAAGCAUAAACAGCAGCUGCUGAUUGCACCAUGAAUUAUGCAAACAGAGUUCACAUCAGACACUUUUUUUAAAGGUGUCCCAUCAUAUGCAAGUGUAAAAAGUUUUGCAGUUUGGUGCAAUUUGCCUUGUUGUUGUAAUUAUCCAUAUGGCAAAGUAUGAAUCACUACAAUUACUGCAGCAGUGAUCAAUGAAGGUCUGAGCAUGGCAGCUCCUAUAAAUGUAUUUUAGUCACUGCCAACACUCAGGGGAUGUUUGGCUAUUAGCUGUGGUGUUUGUUAACAUGACCUUUUUCUUUUCUGGUCGAAAGGAGGAAAACUUGUGAAUGCUCUGCAACAUUAUGCUGUUUGCUUUGCUUGGAAGCACAGUCACAUUAGAAUUUCACCCUGUGCAGGUAAUUAUGUUGCUCCCAUUUGCCUCAUUUGUGCAGCUUUAGUGGGAAACUGUGCAGUCCUUUAGUUAAGCUGCUCCUCUGUGCAUUAAGAAAUAGGACAAUUUAUUUUAGGGAUGCCGAUAUGUUGAUAUUUUCAAACUCAUUUUGGCUGGUGCUGAUGCUGACCUAAGUACAUCAUUAGCCUGCAGAUGCCAGCACAUGGCGUCACGGCGCUGAAAGGCUGGUUAACUAGAGCACUGAUUUGGUGGUUUUCUUGUUAAGCUCCUUUAACUUUGACUGGUUUCUUCUUGUCUUUGUUGAAUGAUUGAAGUAGAAGCUGCAGGCAGCUUUUCACGCUGGUACCAGCCGUCUUUUGUUCUUACAUCCAGAAACUUCAGAUGCUGUUCAAAAUGACAGUUCUUGAGAUACUCAUGCAGUUUGGUAGAGUUACAGGAGGGAUACUUAGCUCUCCUUCCAAUCACCUGUGGUCCAAAAAAAUCACAGAUAUCUAGUUGAUCAUCUGUUUCUGACACGUUUAAGUACUUCCUUUUAACCUGCAUGUUGGUGUUGCUGCAGUCAACACGUGUGCACUAUCAGUGUGUCACCUUAUCAGCCAUGCAAAGCAGAAAUGUUCACGUCUGCUGAUACAUGUAAUUAACUCUUCGAGGUUUUAUCAGCUGAUGCAGAUAACAUUAUGCAUCUUUAAAUAAAGCCUGAUUGCAUUUAAUCAGGCUUUACCAGUUAUUAAGUCCUGAAAAUCACAUAAUCGCAAUAACUUUAUCCAUCAAUGCUGGGAAAAAGGAAAUACCUGUCCUCCCUUGCACAUUUUAUCUCUGAAAGUCUUCAAAUGAAAAGAAAAAAACAUGAUCAUAUGGAUAAUUAAUAGAUUUAUGUUAAAUCUAGUUUCAGCUGGCUUGAGUUAAGUGCUGCAUUUAAAGAGAUGUGUGUUAUUCAUGAGUCCUGUAAGAGUUUCACACUGUGAUGUGCAGCUGAUUUCUUAAAUAGGUGUAUUUUAUCAAUUUAUAAAACUAGAUAAAAUUGUUCAAUGAUUUAUGGGUUCUUGUUCUUUUCUCUUAUCACCACAGCCUGUUUGCGUCCAGCAUGGUCCAUAAUUUUGCUUCUUGCUGCUUUUGCUGUUGCAUUUAAAGGAUACCAGGGUGUUCAUAAUUGUUGUAAAUUCGGUGAAUUGUAAAUAAGUCCCCCAAAAAAAGCUGAAGUACAUCACUGCAAGAUAAGCAUAUCCAGUAUCCAAAAUUAUACAGGCCAAGUGUAAAAGGAUUUUGGCUUUCAAGUGGCACAGGUGCUCUCUAAGAAUGAGGUUUUCUCUAAAGCUAAAACCUCCAACUGUCUCCUGAAAGCGUCUCCAAGAUUCUCACGCUUCUCACCGUUAUGUGAGGCAGAAAUUGAAUUUUAGACAUGCGUUAGAUGAUAGAAGGGAGGCCACACACUGUCAGUCCAUUUAGAGGCUUGUUCAUAUAAAGAGAGCGGUGCCCAAACUGAGGCGAUGCGUUCAGGGCUCCUCAGAGGCUGCUGAUGCCACUCUUAAGUGCUGCAUGCUGUUUGGAGGUUGUGGAAAGCUGAAAUGUUUUUUAUGCCCACUCCACAGGGAAGGCUCACAAAUCUGCGGGAAGUCUACUCCCAUGUAGCGAGCCCCUCCCUCUGUCGGACACUAUACAGUGCACUUUGUCACCAUGGCAACUCAGACACUAAUUAUUCACACUCUCUUUCUACCUCCCUUGCCUGCCAGGCUGAUCUUACUUGACCUUUUGUGGAUUUAAAUUGAAGAACACCUCAGGUUCAGAGACCAUCUGGCGUCCUCACCUCUUCUUAUUGGCUCUUGUUAAUAUGAGCCGUCUCCGUGAUCUGGGCCUUUAUUUGAAUUUGGUCUAAUCUAAAGGUAUCACUGCGGCAGCCAGAGAAGAAGCGGGGAAACUAGGUUGCACUUUAUUAUUUAUUAUUGUUGUUUACAGUAUUUUCACAGCAGGUGUCUCGCUCUAAAUAGAUCAGUGGACAUCAAAAAGACUUAUGUGUCAUGGUAUAUGAAAGCAAAAGACAGAUAUCUCUCUCCUGUAUGUUAUGAAACGUAUAUUUUUUAGUCUUCACUGAUUUUAGACUUUUUUGUCUCUACCAAAGUUACUCUGCAGCGAGCCAGCUUUAUUUUGUGUUUCAGUAUUUUUAGGAGUGCUUCAGCUGUCUGAGCGGACAUCAAAAUACUUCAAACCCUUUCAGAGACAACACUAUGCAAACGAUGCCGAGCUAGAAAAGCCUUUGAAAUCCUUUCCCUUCGGGGAUUGGCGGUAUUUGAUGGUACUUUGCCAGUUGCCAUCAAUGACCAUUUUGCAGUGAGUUGCUUUGUACUGAGUGAAAGCACACUGUUUGCUAUUAUUGUGGAUCUUUGUCUCAUUAAAAAGCAGUGUACAGUGCUGAAACCUUGCUGUUUACACUGAGGGAGCCAGCCGAGGGGGAUCAUUUCAAACAUUUGCAGUAGACGCGGUUUCUAAUAAUGGAAGUAAAACAGCUGGUGUGAGUUGUUUGGUUCUACAGUAAUAGUUGAAUUUUUAAGCUAAUCUGCUACAACCCACCAAAAUGUAUUCACUUCUUUUUAAUAUAAUUUCCUUCUCCUCUGACUAGAUUGCUCAAAGUCCAAUCUGUCAAAGGACCAAGCCCAGCUCAGCUCAUCAAUGAACAUGCCCCAGUCAUUUGGCACGGCGAUGGGAUUCUCCCUCUCUGACACCAUGUCGAUGGCCCCCAUGCCCGGUCCGUCCCAGAAUGACAGUCACCUGCACACCUCAGAGGACAGCAUCGUGUACCUCCCUCCCACAGCUGACACCAAUAGAUGCUGGCCGAUCCGUCCGACUCUUCGCAAUGAGCUGGACACCUUCUCUGUACACUUCUACGUCUUCUUUGGUCCCAAUAUAUCGAUUCCACCGGACAGAGCUGCCGUGUUCGCCAUCAAUCUGAUGCCUGUUUUAGACAGCGGAGGAGUCCUUAACAUGGAACUCAAGCUCAACAUGGUGAGUUGCUCUAGGUACACACCACUUUUCUGAUACACAAUAGGCCAACUGAUCAGACAUUAUCAAAAUGAUCCCAUGUGACACAUAAAAGAAACAUGUGGGAUCAAAUCUCUGUUAAACAUUGCCAUUGUUUUGCAUUUUCCAAGUUGGGCUUUUUCAAUUUUACUGACCACCCUAAAGGAACUUUUAGUUUGUGUCCAUUUUGGCGCCCCCUGUGGAAAAGGGUCAGAUGUUCAACAGUCAAUAGUCAAAUGUGUUGUUUAUUGUGAGUAUUUUAUGUUGAAAUUGUAAAAUGCAGCAGACACCUACCCCCCUCGAAACACUUUCAGGCAUUACAAAUUAAACAAAAAAUCUUCAGUCUUGUUGCUGAUGGUCGUGUUUGGUUUUGGAUAUAAUGAAAAGGCAUCAACAUGAAUUUCAGUCUAUUCAAUUAAGGUAAAAAAAACUCCCCACAAGAGCUUUAAUUAAGUUUAUAUAAGCAGUGAUAGUGGGUGGCACAUUUACAGACGCAUAUACAACUAAACACACACACACACACACACACACACACACACACAGGAUAAGCUUUCUCACUCUACUGCCAUCUCACAAGAAAAUGUCACCAUCACCCUCUAUCAUCUUACUCCAUCAUCUCUGCAAUCUGGGGCAAAGAGCUGAAAAUUCUCUUCCCACCCACUCGUAUGUCUGAUCAAACUGAAGUCUUCUUACCUGCAAAAAAAGGUGCCCCUUAAAGAAGCGGGUGUGUGCGUCUGCACAUUUUAAAGCCUUGUGCACAAAGGAGUUCAUUUCAAAGCUUUGCUUUCCUUGUCAUGUAUAUGAGUAGUAGUUUUGUCAGAUGAAAAAUCCCAUCCUGUUUUAUUUAAACCGUCAAAACAUCACUCACUUUGACUCUUUGUUGAGAAGAAUGGUGACACGGGUUGUUGCAGCAGGGUGCUGGCAUUGACAUCAUUCAACACCUAUUUGGUAGCAGUGGUUGCAUGUGUUCAAAUGUACCACAUUGAAACUACUUAAACUAAAUUUGGAGGUCAUAAAGAGUCAUAAAAUCAAUUCCAGUCUUUGUCACAACCAGGUAAAAAGUCCCUAUGGAAAAUUUAAAUAAUCUGUUAAUACAUGUAUUAAAUAUCACAGGAAGGACCUAAUUAUAUCAUUUAUUUUGGUUUUUUAAAUUAUAAUGAGAUUGGGUUAUUGGGUGUCAGAUGAUAUGGGCAUGAAGUGUAAACAGUUGUAAGGUGGAUGUGCAUAUUUGAGUUUGGGACAUGACAAUGAUGAGAAAAUACGUAAAUUGUAAAAAGUUUCAGCUGAUCGGAGGUGCUACAGACCUAAAAAACCCGCUUAGAGCUUUGCAACUCUAAUUUUGUGACAUUAUCUCAUAAUUUCUGAAAAGUGUUUCUGCAGUUUUAGUGUUUUUUUUAGAGCAGUUAUUGAGUCAGACAUUAAAUAUUACAUUUUUUACAUGUAUAAAUUUGGUUUCAGAUUUUCGGCUCAGGCAAGAUUAUAGUAAAAGUCUUCACUGUGCUUGGGAAAAUAAAUGUUUGAGCGUUUCAAAUUGUGAAUUAGUAUGGAGGAGAGUGCUGUAAGUAAAUAUGCAAUAGUAAUCAAAAGGAAAGCUCUAGCUACAAAGGGUAAAUAAUUGGGCUCACAAAGUAUCAGUCUGAGCCGGCCUGCUUAAUACGGAUGUUUGUAUGGACAGUGGCUCUGCUGUGGGAGCUGGAAAAGUUCACAAUCAAACAGGCGGCAGUAUUUGGGCUUGUGACGUCUGUUUCUAAUUGAAAACAGGAGAAAUGCAGAAAUCAUCCAGGCAAGGUUUGAAACGUCUUUGUUAAGCUGUCCUUCAGAUUUUGAUGGCUUUAAUAUGCACCUGCAGCCGCGCAGGAGGUCUACAGGGAGCCAGAGAGUGAAGAGCUAAGAGCUGGCAGAUGGACUUUUAAAUGUUUCGCUCCUGAUAGAAAGCGAGCCCGCCAGUGUUGAAACAACCUCCGAAUGAAGAGUAAAAUUCGAACAAAUGUCUUUGAUUGUUCAGUUCAAAGGAAUAUCCUGACAUUUUUUGGAAAUCUGCUUUUUUCACUCUCUCUGUGGGAGUUGGAUUGAUAUCUGUUUCAUCUCUCUGCAUCUAGAAAACAUAUUGGUCAGGGAUAUUUUUAGCCUACAAAAAAAAAAAAAAAGGAGGAAAAAUAUUCUGCCUCCAACAAGCUUCAAAACAACGCCUGAGCAGACUUUGUGGUGGGAUUGUUUUGUUGACUUCAGUCUCAGAAGUUUGAAUUGACCUAUUUACAUUUUGUAUAAUGUUUGCCGCAACGUGUAUUUUAUAUAUAUUCAAAAUACCAACUGAGGUAUUCUUGUAAAUUGAGAUCCAGUGUGCAUGUCUGCUUGUGGAGAGGCUUUAUGCAGCCCUUUAGCUGCAGUCAGCCCACAGAUUUUAUGAGUGAUUAAUAAAACUCCAGCAAAUCUUAAUGCUUUUUUCACAGGUUACAAUGCACAUUAAGUUCCUGUUGAUUUAUUAAUCAGGAAAAACCAAAAACAAACUGGGGCCCACUUUCUAAAAUGAGAAUCUUGCCUUCCUCUUUAAUUAUAUACAUACAUAAAUGUUAUUUGACUAUCUGAGGAGAUUUUAUAGGAAAAGGAAAGAUAGUGUUGUCAGUUUCAUUGCUAUUAAAAAAUAUCUGUUAUUUGUUGCCUGACAUGUAAAAAAGAUUGGUUUGGAUCUGUAUUCAUGAAGCUUCUGUGCUGUUUCUACCUGUCAAGUCAGAUUGGGUCAAAAUCCCAAUUUGCCUCAGUGGGCUCUGUUGCCUGCAGACACCAAACCUGAGAGCCUUGUUUCAAAUAACCAAAGGCUCCCCAAGAAAGCAUUUAACCAGGGAAAAAAAACUAUCAAAACCCCAGAGGACUAACAAAGAAGGUACCCCUUUUCUGUUGAAGUGAGUACAGCAAGAGCAAAACAAGGUACUAAAGCUACUGAGGUGUGGAAAUACAAACUAUAGAAACAUGUAGCUGUUCCAGAUUUAAAAAGAGGAAAGGUCACACAAAACCAAGAAAGAAAAGUACAGCAAAGGCACAGAUUUAAGAAUCAAGCAGCAACUACUGGUGUUCAAAAAUGAAGCCAGUGUCGCAGCGUUGUAGUUGAGUCACCAAACCUUCAGUCUGAGUCAAGCACCCAGUGUUCAAGAGGAAGUUGAAGUCCAUCUCGUCGAGUACAAGUGGAACUCCUCUUUCCUCGCUUGAAAAGGUACAACAAAAACAAUAAAACACUCUAUUAGUGAACAGGUCUGAGUCCCUCUCCAUCCUCCGUGUCUGAAUGCAGUCAAUACCUGAGCCCAAAUCAACAGCAGCGCAACAGAGAAGAGCUUAAAUUUGCAAGUUUCUCAAUUUCCAACUUGAGGCGAGUCGGUCAAGAGGUCAAGAGUGUUGCCUGAAAAACAAAUUCAUUGGGUUGAGUUAAAGAUUGCAGGGCAUGCCUUAUUAGAAGCAAAACUGGGCUGUAUGAUUUUAUACAUCACGACAGAAUUUAGGUUAAACAUCAGCAAGUUGCUGUUUUAAAUUUGAUCUGCUGUCGUUGGGGAUGGGAAAAAUGUGUUUUUCAUUCGGAAAGAUAACAGUGAUAUUGGCCUUGUGAGGGCUAAUACUGAUACAAUCCUGAUCAUGUAAAAAAUGUUGUUAAUCAGUCUAAUUGAUCAGCUUAUCGGUCCACCUCUAGUUAGGAGUAAUGCCUUGUAGCUGUGAGGUUUUGACCUUGACUCUGCCCCCUUAAUGAGAUAAAAGGUAGCCGCCACUUUUGGGUUUAAUUACAUGUCAAGAGAAACCGAUGGGUAAUGAGACUGUGAUCAACCUUUAUAAGUCCAUGUUUGAGAGACAAACACACACAAAGAGGGAGAGUGGGAGAGAGGGAGCGGAUUAACAUGUAAUGUGUGUAGAGAAUAAGGGAGAAAAACUGGAGGUUGCAUCUCCUCAGGGAAGAUGAUCCAGAUCAACACCAGGAUAAGACUCCGACAUCCAGGAGAGAGAGAGGAAGGUCCCUGCUUUGAGACUCGGUGAUAAGCCGGGCUAAACACAUUUCUCAUCUCUCCUGAACACACACCGCUGAAAUUGAUAAUCAAUCUGCUCAUCUCAUCGCUGGAAGGAUAGUAAACAGCCUAAUUUCCCAAAAUGUCAAAGAGGAGAGCAAAUAUUUGACUCUUAAGGAAAUGGAAAUAAUUGACUAUAGUUAAUUUGAAGGUUUAUUGAUGGAUUGCUUGGUUGCUGUGGCAACACAACAGCUUAUCGGAGCCUCCAAAAUCACAGAAAGAUCCUCUCUUCAAACCUUUCUUUUUUUCCCAUAAUUUUCUCAUGUUUGAUUAGUAUAAUCGGUGCAUAUAGUUGGUAAUUUCACUUGAUGGAUCCUGCAUAUGUCACAGAAAGCAUAUUUUGAUGAAACUCGGUGCUUUGUGAUUGUCAUACAAGUGGCAAAAUGUAUUCUACUGAGAUUCUGUCAUAUUAUAUUAUUCUACGGACAGAUUUCUCCCCCCUCUGCGGUGAUCUGUCACUCGCUUGUCAAAGGAGCAGAAUCCAGUCAGCCGCUGCUGGUGUGGGACUGUGGCAGAUUUGCAGGGCUUUAGGAGACAAUAGCUGGAGCUGCUUGUCUGCCUCGCAUCACUCUGUGUGAAAGAUUGUGAAAGGAACUUGCAUGGCUUUUACCCGCACCGAUACCUCAGCUGGCUCUGGAUCACUUUAAUCGCUUUGGAUCCAGUUUUCUAAGUUUUCUGUAGGUAGGGCUCAUGCAGAGAGAGGCAGUGUAAGCUCUGUGAUGAGUGCUAGUCUGACACUGUAUCGGUGGCUGCCUUGUAAGCUUUUAUAUUUACACUUGUUUUACUUACUGUGAUUACAGACUGGUCUCACAUAGUGGCAUUUAAAUGACACUUUCCUAUCCAAAGUAAUUCUGUGUGUUUGCCAGCACAUUUUUCUACAUUUGUAAGUAUAAGUUCUGCAGCAUUAAGUCUCUUCCCACUGAGUUAAUCAUACACAGAGAUAAAUGGUUGUCUAUGUAACUUAACUUAUGAACGUAACAAUAACCAAGUGUUUACUUUGACCGUACUGAAGAAGAAGGUCACAUGACAAGUCCCACAUUGACAUCACCUCAUAAAAUGGCAUUUUUCUGAAUGCCAAAUAUUGCCAAAUAUUUAUACACAUUAUCAUACGAUCACAUUAGCUGAACUCUGUCCUCUAGUUUUGAUGGUACAGGUGAUUAAGUUUCUCUGGAAAAGCUUUCGUACAGCAGUGAAGGCUUUUCACUGACUGCUCACAAUCGCAUGGCCUGUUAGCAUAUGCCCCUAUAAAACCUCAUAGGCCACCCAACUGUAUGGUGACCAUAUUCCGGCUUCCCAAAAAGAGGACAUGACUACGCAGGGGAGGAGUCACAGAGUCAGAUGAAGUUAAUUAUGAGAGUUUUUUGGGUCGGAUCGAGUGUCUUUUACGUGCCUCUAAGUAAGUUCAUGUGACACAAAAUCGAAACUUACGUACAAAACCACGGAUAUUUGAAGGGCUUUAUAAACUUCCCUGGACAAAGCCGGACAGCCCAGACAGCCCCCCAAAAAGAGGACAUGUCCAAGUAAAAGAGGAUGUAUGGUAACCCUACCCAACUGCUAUUCCACUGACCACAGGGGGUGCCAAAAUUGACACAAACUUAAAGUUUGUUUAAAAAUGUAAAGAGAAAGAUGAUAAAUCAGAGUAAUUGACUAGCGGCGACUCUUCACUCUGAGGGGUUCAUUUAUUCAUGUUAGUUUUCUAUUUAUGACAGCAUCGCUUAUCUCCAUGUGGAUUAAAUAUUUGUCAGUCAAUAAAUAAAAAACAAAGGGUCUAAAAAUAGGAAUAAACAAUAUAGUACAUUGACUGAUCCCUCUGGUGUGUUCAGGAUUUCCUUAGGGUUCACCUAAGUAGACGUGCCCGGAAAACCUCAAAACGAAGGCACCCCUGAGGCAUCCUAAUCAGACACCUGAACCACCUCAGCUGGUUCCUUCCUGGUGUCUAAUCUCCUACUCACCCUGAGGAGGAAACUCAUUUGGACAGCUAGAAUUUGCCAACUUAUUCUUUCUAUCACCACCAAAAGCUCAUGCCCUGGGGUGGAGGUUGGUUUGUGGAUCAGCAGAUUAAUAGAAAGCUUUGCUUUUCAGCCCAGCGCCCUCUUUUCCGUACAACAACUCUCUUUAUUACUCGCUUUACUGCUGACGGUGCACCAAUCUGUCUGUUGAUCUCAUAUGCAUUUACAGGAAUUACUUAUUUAUUCAUGUUUCAUGUCACUUUGGGGCUCUAAUAUGAGAAACUUGUUAGUGUUCAUACUGACACUAAAACAGGACAGGAGACUUUAAUGUUUUUAUGUUUCCCUUCAGUGAGAAGCUUUAUGUUUGUGCAGAAGCAGAACUCAUAUCAUACCAUAAUACCAAUAACAGGCAAUAUAUCUAAACUAGAACUCAUCAUGGACUGGUUUAUUUUCAUCAGUUUGUGUGAACUGCUCCUGCCGGCCUACUCUGUGUUUUUGCAUUACUUGGCAUUGUGUCCUGCUGGCACAUGUAGUUGAUAUAACUCCAGGGGAUUCUAGCAAAGCACACAACAAAGACACCAAAGUUAUGUUUUAGUUUGCAGCAUUUCAUUCAAAGUUAAAGUAGAUUUCCUGUUGUGAUUGUUUUGAAAUUAUGUUUAAUUUUUUUACCACAAAAACACUCCACAAAAACACUUUUUCCACAUUCAAAACCAGGACGAGAACUUAAAAAUGAGCUAUUGUUCUGCUUUCGAAGAGAUGUUUAUCCUGAUAUUUGUCUGCUGUUGUUUGUUCCAGUUGGUAACCUUGAGCAUCGUUUGCCGGAAGAUCGCUCCCCUGAUUGAUGAAUGCCUCUGCCACUCACGUUUCACAAUCAUGACUAACAGCUGCAUAAUGGAUCAGGCACAUAAAUCACAAUAUUAAACGUGAUUAAUGCGGCAGUAUUCACAACAUUGUAACAAAGUGCUCUCUGAGUAAAAGCAAUAAAUUAGAAUCCAAACAAAAUUAACAUUAAAAUUUCAGACGUUAAUUUAAAAUGGGGCCACAAUACGACAGGAGAGCGGUGGAAGAAUGAAAUUAACAACAAUGGCCUGACAACAGUGAGGUACUAAAAGCAGGUUAAUGGACGGCAAAGAUGCAAAGUGCAGAGGACCGGUCAGAGAGAAUUACAUGAGAGCAGGAAGACGGAUUGCAAUGAGAAACUUAUCAGUAAGAUCUUAAUUUCACCUCCACACACACUGAGUAAAGAGAUUUCCUGUUAUCUUCAGCACACGCACAGUUCAGUGAUAAAAGUGAGAAGGUUUGGACACAUCGCAAAAUAAUGAUUUUCAUCUUGAGAGCAUCUUAAAUCCUCAAUUUGUGGUUUCCUGCUGGGGCAAAGUGGUGAUUGACACCUUGCAUGUGGGCAUAGAUAAAGACAGAGAAUGAAGGCUGAGGCUGAAGGCGUUUAUUGAUACAGUAUUGAGUCUUUGAGCUAGAUCAUUAAAUAGUGUUUAAGGAUAAGGGAAAAAACUCUGAAGCCUGGCAGACACGAUAAGAUUUUUAAAAUCUUAACCAGAGAGCUCACACUUGACCUCUUUUGUUCCAGGAGUGUGUGGCAUGCAGCGGUGUGAUAGUACACUACACAUGUGAAGACUCUCUUCAGGGUCCUGAACUAGAAACCUUGUAAAAGCUCUUGCAGUUAACACAUUGGACUAUGAAAACUAACCAUGACAAUUUCUUUUCAAUGCCUCCCCUUCAUUUCAGAAUCAGUAUUUUUUUACCGAAUACACUGUGCAAACACUCGUGUUGUUGCCAUGUAUCAACAUGUGGGUUGAAUAAAACCGAAGUCCAUCUAAGUUUAUGCUUUGAGUCCACUUUUAUUGCCAUGGCUUCAUUUGUUGUGCUUCCCUCUUCUGAUUGGCUGUUGUGUCAUUCCACAUGAGAAUAGACAAGAAAUCAUGCUCAGGCGUCCUCGGGAUUCCUCCCACACAUAAAUAAUGUUUUGCUUAAUGUUGUCCACAAACUCCCUCUAUUUAUUACUUACUCCAAAAAACUCCAAAACUGGCAAACGGACUAUUUUGUUAUUGUAAGUAAGUACUCUCAUUGGUCAUCUCCUCUGACAUUAUACAGGCUGUAGUAGGAGCUACACAGCAGUAAAGAAAUGCUAGCUGCUGCCUCUUCAGCUCCUGUUGUUUUAUAGUGGAAGUAAACCAAUGUAAAUAACCUUUUGCACCCUUAACUACUCACACAGCAUUUACAUAUGCUUAUUUUUGGCACAGUAUUAAUUAAUCGAUUUUCCUCAAAAUGACAUUUAUCGCCGAUGCUGCUUUACUGAGAAAGCUCUAUGCCAAUUACCACCACCCACUGUAGGUGUGUGUUAUAUUAAGUUGCACAAACAGCCAGAUUUUACGUGUUGCACACAGAUGCUCAUUAAAAGUGGCACAUUUAAGUUUUAAGCAAGUAAGUACCAAUCAAGAUUUCAUGACAAAACACUAUUUUGUUUGCAAAAUGAGCCUCAUGACAAGUGUGACUGCUUUGUCCACCGUGAGUGGAAAAAAACAACAACUGUGAGUUCCUUACUAAAGCUUUCACAUCAUUUUGCUAUAUACAGUAUACUUUUGCUUUUGUGCACCUUUAUGCAGAUACAUUAUGGUAUAUAUGUUGCAGUUGCUUGUCUCCAACCAUUAGAAUAAUGUUAAUCCAUUAAUUCGUUGUGUAGAAGGGAGCAAAAGGGAUUUUUUGAAAGGCAUCCUGUCAAAUCCUCCUUAAUAAGUUGCACAUAAUUUGAACGACAAAGCCUCAAGUUUUGAUCUGUGUAAACCAUUUCAAGAUCCCAAUGUUCCUGCUGCGGUUAAUCUCAUUUUGGGGGAUUUUUGGGUGGAUUGGUGUAAAACUGUUCCCAGGCUACAUCCAUUGUGCUGAUUUCAUGAGAGAAAUCAUAUAAAAUCAUAUUCUUCACACUUUUAUUUAUUCCCCUAGCAUAUCAGCUAAAGUGAGAAAAGGCAUUUUUAUUUAUUCUUGUUGGUAUAUUGAUAUUUUUGGCUGUAUCCCUCGCUCUGUGCCUCCUCAUGCACGAUGAUCUUAUCAUAUAAGAUUUUCUGUGCUCUAGGAGGAAAAAGUAAUGAGUUUCUGAAGCACGGUAAAAUAAAAUAUAUUUCCAGAUUUUAUUUCUUUGUUUUUUUGGCUCAGUUUUCAAAAAGAUGGCAGCCAAUUACACCGAGUGGAAAACACAAUAAAGUCCUAAAAAGAGGUCUUGAGUCACUUUGUUGAGCUGUAACUGGGCCAGGAGGAGGGACAGUGACUUUGAGGGAAUUUAUUUCCUCCUGUCUCAUCACGCAGUACUCACUCAGGCGUACAGGCUUUAUAUGACAGUAUCGAAGAAACAUCAAUAACAAUACAGCUGCUGUGAAUGUCGGGGCUGGAGUAUUUGCAUGAACAGAUCAUGGCACAGUGAUCCACAAAGUAGGGCAAUAAGACAUUAAUAAAACAACUCCUAUGUACAAAGUAAUAAUAGAAUUGUCUCUUGAGCUAGAUAACUGACCUGAAUCAACCUCUUCAGAUCUUUUUUGGGGCCUUUUGCCUUUAUUGAUUAAACAGUUUGACAGAGAAUGAGACCAAAAAUGUAAGGAGAGAAAUGACAUGCACUUAAUCAUGCUGGAUCCAGGACUUUAACCUCUGUAUAGUGGGCGUAAUCAAACUGUAAAGCCAGGGACAUCUGACCUAAAUCAGCUGUAACAGUAUGUGAAGCUCUGGAUGAAAACUGCACAUGCAUGAAUGCGUAUCUUUAAUCUUAAGAAGACAAUAAACUACUAAACAUUAUUGGUCAGCCAAUGUUUUGCAUUUCACAAAAUACAACCAUUUAAAAAAACAACAACUAACUAACAAAAACAAAAUUAUGAAAGUGAAUGAUAUUUUUUUCCUCAUUAAAUAUUGCUACAAGGGAGUUUGGGAUUUGUGUCCAGCUUUCUGAAAUUUUUAAGACAGAAAAAUACUCUGAGGUAAAUGAUGAGGUUUCCAUGCUGUUCACAUUAAAAUCUAAAAUGCAUACUUCUCUGUGAUAGUUACGUAUUCUGGAUAAAUUUUAAUGAAUCGUUGAAAUGGAAAUUGUGACUUUUACCUGACCUUAGGCAUUUUAGAAAUAUCUAAAUCUGGAGGGCAUUUUUAAAAGUUACCAUUUAGGUUGGCUAAAACGCUGUUUCUGUUAUCGUGAGAAAACGAUCUUUGUUAUGUCGAGAUAACACAAAUAGUUAUUUGAGAAAAGGAACUUUGUUAUAUUGAGAUAACAAGAUAAGUUGUUACACAAGAUAGCAGUGCAUAAAAAAAGAAAAAUCCAUGGCUGUACUUGGUUCCCGUUCCUUUCAGUGGUAAAUAAGUGACUUUCUUUAAUGAUAACGCCCUGAUAGAAUAAAAAUGAUACUGUAUUCUGAAACUUAUUGAUGUGUUUUCAAAAAUUUCAGACUAUUGAAGUUUUAAAGAGUAAAAAGUUUAAUGUAUGUGGUGCAGAUGUCAAAUUGUGAUCCCAGAAUCAAUCAAUAUAACUGUGAUUUUAAUUUUCGCCAUGUAGAAGCAGCCCUUCAACUCCUGCACCACUCUCACUAUCACAUGGCAAACCAACUCCUCAUUUGGUAGACUAUCCAAGCUGCAAGGUCUUUGAGUCGCCAACCAGAACCAGAGGACUGGCACAGGAAGAGUUUCUCUUUCCCUGACACUGCUUUUUAACUUUAUGACUGAUUUGCCCUUCUCGUAAUCGCUCCAGAAGUGUUUCUCACUCAGUCUUCAAGUGAGAAUCAGGAUGGAAAGUGUGGAGGCGGUUUGAGGGAGGGGACUAUGUCUUUAAAUGCCAGUGGGCGUGAUUGAGUCUUACUACCGAGAGACUACCAGACCAGAUGGUGAGUUUAGGAAGCCUGAAAUCUCAGCACCUGGCAAAGUGCUUGUCGAGUCACUGCAUUAAUCAACAACUUUGCCAACUUUCUACAUAUACAUUAUGUUUAUUCUGUGCUGGAGGGGUUGAAGAAGUGUUAUUUCUUCAAGAAAUAAUUGCCUAAAGCUAUCACUGUACCAAGCACAUUACCCUUUGGACAUGAUGCAAAUGACCACAGUGUGCUACAUUGUGUUCUGCAAAGCUGUUGUUUGAAACAGAAUGGCUUUUACUGUGUUUGACUGGCAGUUCCAGGUAACUUAAUUGGACACCUUUUGCAAUAGUUGUGGAAAAAAACUCUGCCGUGCUUCCUCUUCAAUCCCAGAAAACACAGACACUCUGAAUAAAUUAGUGGAAGUUUGGAAAGUGUCAAAUUUGAUGCCCGAGUGCACACUGAUGCUUUCUGAACAUUGGCAGUCAUUUUUGGCUCCUAUUUGUACUCCUGUUUUUCUUUUACUGAUACACCAAAUUGGACUGUAGUGCUCUCCUUUCACCCCUCUGCAGAAUGAGCUAAUUUGUAUAAGCAUAUGCAGCUCCGAGCGCUUGAAUAAUUCGCCAGGAUUUUUUUAAAUGUAUGAGAGUGUUAAUGUAUAAUUGAUGCUUUAAGGAGAUAAACUGCCAACAUCUUCAUUAGGUGCCCGAGGCAGACAGGGGGGAGAGCAGUUUCAUUUGAUUUGUUAGUUUUGAGGUUUACUACCUCAAAGCUGAGGGGGAAUAUGAGUCGCGGUAAUCAUGGACGGUGUUAGCUCUGCGGUAUGAUGGCAGCAGAUGGUCGAUGGCUGGAUAAAUGAAUGACAUUUGCUUGUGUUUUCUCCUGUAGUCUACGCUGAGAGGAGCUAAUGUCACAGUGUUCGGCUGCCUGAACCACGGGAUGCCUCUUUUCUUACGGGAGAACUCAUCACUGAAAUGUGAAUCAGGUAACUCAACUCUUAGAAAUACACCAGUUUAACAUUCCUGGCUCCUUAGAUUGUUCUCGAAGAAAAGUGCAAGCACUCGAAGGUGCCUUUUCUGUAACGUUAUCUUCACUUUUUGACAACAUAAACCCAUUUUUAGCUCUUCUAACUUCAAGAACCUUGACUAUACUACAAAACUGGCUCCAAAUGUUUGCUUAAACUUCAUCUCACACCCCAACUGACAAAAUCUUUAAGUCUAAUAACUUGAACCUGCACAGAUUUCUUUCAAGACAUCCUUACACAACUGACAGAUUAAGGUCAACAGUUUUUUUUACUACAUGCCGCUGAAAAAUCCCCUUCAGCUGUCAGACUUCCACAGAAUCUAUAACAACUUUUAAACACUUUGAUACUUCAACCUUACCUUUUCUUUUACACCUUAAAUGACACUUCAAAUUAUUUCAGCCCUGCUGUUUGAACUGCUGUGAACUUUUGUCUGUGUUUGUUCUUCAACCGAAACAGUUUCACUUUUUCAAAAACUUUCCAACAAAAAUUUACACUAGAAAAUUUAUUGUAAUAGCUUAGGUUUUCCAGUUCAUGCUUCUGCCUUUGCAUCAAAAAGCUCUUCCAAUUUUAAGUGUCUGUUCCACCUAUUGACUCUAUAAAAUUAUGGAUAACAGCUCGUUAAAAUGAAGCCAAGACUCUUUGAGUGCCCCUUAGAGGCUGGCAGCCGUACAUAUCCUAAUCACAGCUUUCUUUAUGAUAACAGAUGACGUGGGUCAAAUAGGAAAGAUGAAGGAAAAAAUGGCACCACUGAUGUAUCAUUGUUGCUUUCUAUUGCAGAGUCAGUGGCUGGGUUUUUCCUAACCGUGAACACCUCUGCUAACAUCACCAAACUGAGGAUCCCCUACCCACAAACAGGCACCUGGUACCUCAGUCUGCGCUCUCUGUGUGCCACAGAACACGGGUAAGAGAUGCUUUUUGUGUUUCUGAAGGUUUCUUAAACCCUCACAUUUUGCACCACUCUUGAACUUUAACUGGUUUAAUUAUUUUUUCAUUGCUGUCUCUCGUAAAAAAUAAUGGUUCCAGUUGUACUUGGAAGUCAGAAUUUCUGAGCUCCGACUCUGAAAUUUCAAGCACAAGGAUAACUUUCAUAGAUGUAGCCAUCUUGUUUCCGUUUUUUGGAUGUUGGCUACUUUUUUCUGACUUUGUGACUGAAACGCUGAUAACUUGGGUGUGACGUCAUUCCCAGCUCUGACGUCUUACUUCUGAGGUUACUGGAACGCACCAUUAGUCACAAGAUUUGAGUUGUACUGAAUUUAGAUUUUUUUUGCCACCUUUAGACUGAACAGGAUGAUAGAUGGUAUAACUGAUCGAACAUAUUGGUUUGUGAAGAGAGCUUUUGAAGUGCAGGGAUGGUGGGCGCAAUACUGGAAAUGCCACCCUGACUCAUGACUCAAGCUGGAUAUUGGCAAAGAGGUGGAGCUGAUAUGGGUUUUGGAGCCUCCUAGGAGACAGCUACAAAGCACCCCUGUUAGUCAUAUCAGCCACACCCCUAAUUAGCCAAAUCGAUGCACAACUUUAGUAUUUGUACAUGCACAAGUGUGCAUGAAUAACUAAAUGAAUCACUCUGACCAAAAUUGUUUUUUGCACUGGCCUGUAAAUGUUUGAUUUUGCUGUAAAAAUGGAAAUUUAAUGGGAGUGUUAAUGGGAUGUCCUUGGACCUGCAGUUUUUUGCGCCUAACUGGCUUCAUUUCCCAACACCAGAGUUUGCUGCUUGAGCCAGACUGGCUGUCUCCCUGUGUCCAGCUCCUCUGCUAAUCCAAUACAGCCAGCUUUUGGAGUUUGCCUGAUAUUUAGCAUGCAGACAACAAAGCCACAGAGAUCUGCUCAUGUAGUGCUCAUCAAGAAAAAUAAUUAGUUUAGCUCCAAAACUCUUGAACCAUUUCAUAAAUCAGGGGGUCACGGAUGUAAAUUUUUCAAGAAGUGACCGAAACAUCAUUUACAAGCAGAAAUCCACUAAAACCAACUGAAUGAAUGUUGCUCAUAAAUUUUUGACAGUCUCAUAAUCAAGUCUUUGGCUCGGUCCCAGUGCCCCAGAGCAACCUCUCAGAGUCAAUAUUUGCUGUCAAUUAUAGCGAGACAAUUGCAAAAUGGGACAUUCAAUAUUUUUCUAAAAAAGUCCUCAAUGUAUAACAAUCCCUAGUUUGUUUACCAAAAUUAAUAAUUUAGUGCUGCAGUGAAGGCUCUCUGUUUAAACAGAGCAGUCUCCCUCAUCCAGACACAUCCCCUCCCAUCUGUCAGCCACCAGAUUAAUUUAGAAUUGGCUUCAUAAAUGUGUUUCUGGUUCACACCUAGCAUAUGACAUGGGAGGGGGAUAGAUUUUGGGGUUUAGGGAGCAGAUUUUGCACAUCUUACAUUUGCAUAUUAUAAAAUGUUGAUAAAAGCAUUCAAUUAAGCCCAAUAUGAAAUAGGACAAAGCCUGUAGAGUUAAAAAUCUAGCCUACAUACUGCAUAUAUUUUACUUGGUGCUCAGAAUUUGUUUGGAUGAGUAUAAUGCAUCAUCUUAAACGUCACAAACAGAAGUUUUAUUUUGAGAAAACCUUCUUUUGGCUCCAUUUUGUACUGGUUUUAACAGCUUGUACAAGAAGGAAGUCAUCGUAAAACAGGUUGGGACUGUUAUUUUUCAUUUAUUCUCAUGUGUGAGAAUUUAUCCUCUUUUAUUUCCAGCCAGCAGAUACACCAUCCUUAUCUAAGCUUUGUUAAGAGUCAUAGUGAGAAAUGUAUCAGGGGGAGAAGACAUGCCCAUUAAGUUGUCCAACGCAAUGCUUAUCUCAAAAUUUUCAUGAGCUAUUCAGCAGAUUGAGCUGUUUGCAGAAUCCCUAAUCACACCAAAAUGUGAACAGAAUGAAAUUAAGCAGAUUUUUUUCCCCAGACCUCAUGGGAAUCCCAAUUGAAUUGGAAUAACAAAUAAUAACAGAUGGUGUGGGACACAGUCUCAUCCUCACAUGAGAGCAUUGCUGAGGUAGGAAAAUAUGGAAAACACAGACAUGGCUAUGUGUCAGAUUCUCUCACAUUUCACAUGUGUUAAAUCAAUCAGGUCUUGUUUGACGAGAAAAAAAGGUAGCGUGUGUGAAAGGUACUCUUCAAGGCGUCAAUUAAGGAGACUGCUGUAAUUCAGAAAUAAAGAAGCAUACAGCUGUGAAAAUUAGAAUAAAAGCUCUGGAGGGAAAAGUUGAAGAAAGAUAUUUGUUAGCUCCUGGAGUUUCAUUCUUUGUGUGUGGCAUGGCACACACAAAAAAAGAUAUAGUUUCAGCACAGUUAUGUAAGAUUUUCUGCUGUUAUACCACGUGGUGCCAAAUAAAUCAUGUGAAAGAACAUUUGCAGGUGCUAUUUCUUCAUCUACAUUGACAAAAAGGUUAAACACAAGGAGAUGUGAAAAUGGCAGGUUAUAAAUUUAGCUCUGUCAUAUUAGAUUUAGGGUUUUGCAUAAAUAUGCAUUAUUAGGAGCAUGGGGAGUUUACUGAUAGGGGGGCGCACUGCAACUUUUUGCCUCAGCUCUGCCACUUUGUCUAUUUCUGGGUAGAAUCAAAGUUUAGUUCAGUCAGCAUCUAAAUAAUCUACCGCUUCAGAAAACAAUCUAAGAAGUCACUAAGACUACUUUCACGUGUUAAACAUUGUCUGUUUGACCAAAGUUCUGCAUCUGAACUGCAGCCUUGAAUGGCCAUCUUGGAAAACAAUGCUUCUAUUGUAGCUUUAACAACUAUGUACAGAAAAAAUAAGUCGGCAAACCAGCAAAUUUCUAAAUGCAUCCUUCUUAAAAUGUGGUUCUACAGUGAUGCUCGUUCAAUCCAGUGUUCUGUCUGUGUUUGACUUUUCCAGAUUUGAAGCCUGCAUCAAUAUCACUGCAGAGGUGUACAUGCGUGCAUACCUGACUCCAUGCAUUAAUGACUGUGGGACCUAUGGACAGUGCAAGCUUCUGCGCACUAAUAACUACCUUUAUGCUGCAUGUGAAUGCAAAGCAGGUAACUGUUCAAUUUAAGGUCUGUCAAUUUUUCAUCUUCAUUAGUUGAUUUGUGUUUGUACACACAGUAAUAGUGGAUUUAUUCUAGAUUGGGUGAUCUAAAUGUGUCUUCUGUAACUGCAUUUUACUUUGAAAUUAUACUCAGAUUCAAAAUACUGCUCAUGGAAGCUAGCAACUCACAAACAAGACAAGCUGUUUGUUCAAACUGGAGACAUAAUUGGAUAAAUAGGGUUUAUACACAACAAAGCCUUAAUUAUUAAUAAGCGAUUAAUAAUUACUAAAAGUGUGACAAUGAAUUAAUAAUUGGAAGUGACUUUGAGCAGUCAAAAGCUUUUGCAUGCAAGAUAAGAUUAAAGUUUCUGAGAGGAAAUUGGGUCAUUACUGCUGCUAAGAAUUUCUAAUUUGUCCAAAAAUAAGCACAGGGGCAUAAAAAAUGCAAGAGAGCAAGGUGAGAGAGCAGGUUCUCCUCCAGACCUGAGCUGUCAGUGUCAUUUUUAAAGUGUAUGUAUAGAAGCUCAAUGAAUCCUACAGCAGCCUUGUAUUAAUCCUCUAAUAGAAGCCAUUUGGAUAAGACAAUAAACCGCCUCUUAAUUACCAACAGCUUUUCAUAAAAGAUGAGCUUAUGGAACUAAACAAAGCUCAUCCUCUGAGGCUUUUUUUAAUCCUGACUUUGAUCUACUUUUAUCAGAGCCGCUUUCUCUUCACUCAAAUCCAUUGUCAUACUUCAUAUGUGUGACUUCAUCCUGGCAGGCACUUUGCAUUCAGUGUUUGCCCUUGGCCCGUCUCACACUGCAAACCUGCUGUAUUACAGUGCUCGCGAAUACCUAAUGCACCCUGUCUCAUCCAAUGAAGCACUUGAUAAGGAUCCAAUUCAAGUGGAGAAACAGGGAUGUCUUAACAGAGGAUGGAGUUCACACCAGCAGGCUUUAUUGAGCAGGAUAAACAACUUCACAAAGAUCUGUUUUUGGUUAUUUUUCACAGUGAAAUGUGUGUUUACAAGAAAAGACUCGCAAAGCAUUCAUCUUGUCCAGAGAUAAAUAUUUAAUCCAUUUUAAGACAUAUUGUAAAUUCAAAAAGGCUGAACUUUUGAAAAAGCCUGAUUCAUCUGACUUAGAGAUGCUUUUAUCCACUCAGUCACAAGGUUUUAAAGAGCUUCUGAAAGUUUGUUUGGAGUUUAUGAGAGAUGGACUCUCAAAGUUUCCUCCAACCUAUACAGCCUGCAAACACAGAGACAGAGGCUUUCUCUCAGAUGUCGGCCUUCUUAGAGUCCAUUACUGACUGUGCAAAUAUGUGUGUGUGUUUGUGUGUGUUAGGCUGGGAUGGCUGGGGAUGCACAGACAACUCAGAGGCCUACUCCUACAGCUUCCAGCUCCUGUCCACCCUGCUGCUCUGUCUCAGUAACCUUAUGUUCGUUCCUCCUGUGGCCAUCGCUAUUCGGAGCCACUACCUGCUGGAGGCGUCCGUCUACAUCUUCACCAUGUUCUUCUCCACUGUGAGUGACAGACACACAAACAGAGAGAUGCAUGUUUCUCUAAAAAGGAGUUGACCUAUAAAGUAUUUUUGGUUCUCACACCAGCACAAACAAACAGCUGCAGCACGGCUUCAUGUGGAGCUUAGCUAAACUGAUAUUUCAUUUACUGACAGAUGCUGAUGUUUAAAGCUGAUGGUUUUAUUAACAUUACAAGUUUAAGAAAAGAACUUGUGCAAAUGCUCUCAAGCACCCUCAUCCUUGUGAGUAUGCAGGGAGUGACAGGGUGCAUGAUCCUGCCUCUUUAAUAGGCUGAUUAGGCACAUAAAGGUGCAUAUUGUGCUAACAAUGCCAAGGAACAUAAAGCAACCAAGCCAGUGUGGGUGCAAACAUCACACAAUUGAGUAUUUAGAGGGAAAUGGUUUUGUAAAUGUGAAAUUAGGAGGAGGAAGGAAACGCACUCUGUUGUAACAAGCCUGUACAGCUGCAGUCAGUCUGACUUCAGAAGAAUAGCAGCUCCCUCAUUCAUGUGAAAGUGGGGCAGCCUGUCGGUGCAGCGAGGUUGCCAGCUGAGGAAAACUCAGCAAAACAACACAGGGUCAUCCAGCGAAAAAAAAAAGAAAAAAAAAAUCUGGCUCAACUUUCACUGAAAGCUGCCAGGAUGCAGUGUUUGCCAGAAAAAUACAUCCAAACACACAUACCUUUAUAGAUCGCUGCACAGCUGUACUGUGGAUCUGUAUUCCUGGCAGAAGAACACGUAUUUCUAUUGUUUAUCUGAUGGUUUUUAUCACUGCAGAUAAAACUGUUGCAGAUAGUUGUAACAAACCGUGUGUAGUAUUUUUAGUGACUGAAAAACCUUCAAAGGCAGAAAUCUGUUCCACUGACGGUAAUCCAGACAUCUAAUAUUUGUCUUUUGGUUGAAGAUAAUAGGUGGGGGAAAUGAUUUAACUGUCAUUUUGCUAUAAAAACAUCAAUUUAAGAAAAGUAAGAGAAGAUACAAAGAUGUGCAAACAUUAAUAUCACUCCAAAAAGAUAUUUUUGGCCAUUUCAAAUAGUUCCUUGGGCUAUUGUGUUGCCAGUCGAUAGAGCAGCCAGGAGAUUUCAGAAGGAGAGUUAGGGAGGAAUGACCUGUAACAAGAGGGUGAGAUGAAGACCUUGUGUUGCAUCUAUGAGCCAAACCAACUCCCUUACUGAAUUAAACUAAACCAGAAAUAAAUAUGACUUUGUCUUUUAUCAGUUGGACCUGGUCUUGUCUAAGCCUUGCCUUUCUCCUCCCCUCUUCCAGUUCUACCAUGCAUGUGACCAGCCGGGUAUUGUGGUCUUCUGCAUCAUGGAGUACGAUGUUCUGCAAUUCUGUGACUUCCUCGGCUCUCUCAUGUCAGUGUGGGUCACUGUCAUCGCUAUGGCCAGACUUAAAUCCAUCAUCAAACAGGUUCGAACCAUCUUUAAUAUGCUUCUAAUUGUCCCAGGAAAUGAAAAUCUCAUUGCAUUUAUGUUUUAAAGCUGGAAGUUGAGAGUGCUGAAUAAUAUUCCUGUGGAUUAGGUUAAGACAGAGCAUGGGGGCCUGGAGCUACUCUUGCAAAGCUGUGAACAUGUCAGUAUAUGUAAAAAUAAACUUCUCUUAACACAUUGUUAUACAUGACACAACCUGAAUGCACCAUCUGAUGCAGCUUAAUAAUUAGUGUGCUGGAAGUCUGACUGUCAGAGCACUAAUUGAGCUCCAUAUCUGUUCCCUACCGCUCAAGUCCCUCUGUGUGGAUAAAGCUGCACAUAAACAGAUACAUUUUUUAUCAUAAGGAUAGGAGCGUGCAAGAAAAACAUGGCUUUGAUUUAAGCUGCAAAAUAAUGUACGGGUGCCAUGCAUCCACAGUCAGCAUCAACCCAUCUUAUGGAGCACAGGAUUUAUGACCCGUGCACUCAUGAUGCCCCUGCUAGCUGUCAGCCACCCUCAGAUAAAUUGGUAACACCUCAGCGGAGAUUGUGACAAUAUGACAUGAAUAAUUUUGUAGUGAACAGAAAUGGCGUGUAACAGAUACAAGUUUUGUGUUGAACAAGCCGGCUUUAGCAGUCAGGCAGGGUAUUUUAAGAUACUUUUGAUAAGCACACUUAUUGUUGAGUUAUUGUCAAGUGUUGAGCAUUUUUUCUUAUGUCUUGUAAGCCUAAUGUGGCACACUGCAGCAGUGUCAGUUUAUGGUUCAAAAUCAUAAAAGAGCAUUUUAAAUAGCUUCUUGUGGCUACACUUUCAUUAAAAUACAACUUGGGAGAAGAUUAAAGUUCACUAAGUAUCUUCAUGACCUCUUUUAUCAUCAGCUAUUAAUGACCCAGUGUUGUACCUGCGACAUGCUAAUAAGUCUGACUCAACUUAACCUUUGCUAAACCAGAAACUGGCAGAGCUGAAGCGGCAGCAGGUUUUUAACCUCCUGGCAAAUAGCUAAAAUAUACCCCCCUGUCUAUCAGACCAGUUAUGACUCUUUAUUUAACAAUUUAAAUUUAACACAACUCUUAAAAUAAAAUACGAUCUUUAUGUUCCUUUAAUCGUCCCACAAGGGUAAAUUCCAAAUUUACAGCAGCAUAGUAUAGAUACAAAAAGAGAAAAAUUAAAAGAUAGAGAAACUUUGAGUUAAAAAAAGAUAUGUACAUGCAUCAUAUUUACAUCCAUACAGAAUUUACAUGAUAAUAGGAUAACAGGAUUUAUUGCACAUUGAAGUUCCUAUUGUGGAGUCUGACAGCUGCAGGAAGUAACGACCUACGAUACCUUUCCGUCACACACUUUGGGUGGAGCAUCCUGUUCCUGAAGAAGCUCCUCAGUGCAGUGAGUGUGUGUGUUGGAGGGGGUGAGAGUCACUGUCCAGCAUGGAGGACAGCUUGGCUGUGAUCCUCCUCCCCAACCUCCUCCACAGGUUCCAGAGGGCAUCUAAGGACAGAGCUGGCCUUCUUUAUGAGUUUGUCCAGCCUCCUUCUGUCAGCUGCUGUGAUGCUGCUCCCCCAGCAGACCACUCUAUAGAAAAUGGCAGAGGCCACCACGGAGUCAUAGAAGAUCUUCAGGAGUGCCCCCCGCACCCCAAAAGACCUCAGCCUCCUGAGCUUUUAUGUACUCAAAAUAGAUGAGUUAUAUGAAAGUCAGCCCAAGUACAGUGUAAGGAAGUAACCACAUGAGCCAUUCAGUGGUAAGCUGUUGAUCAAAAAUGAAUGGAAAACAACACUCAGAACCUCUAAUCAACAUAAUCUUUCAAGUGUCUGUAAGUUAUUCACUUAUUUUUUGAAGUUCUGUUAAUACUUAACAAAAAUUCUGUAAUCCUUGCUCCCAUAUGUGCAGGUACUUUCUCUUUAAAAACAUAACACCUGGUGUGUAGUAAUGAGACUUUAUGUUGUCUAGUCUGCAAUAUCAAUGCAACAUGGAGGUGAACUUUAACACCAUGCCACCUGUGAAACAGAUGCUGAAAACUCAUAUUUAACCAUCAAUGCCUCCUGUUCAAGGUUUAGUGUGUUCUUUCAUGGUUCCUCCUCUGUACUUCAACUCUGGUACAGGAUUCUGCAGGAAGAGUAUUUGCCAUGAGCUGUCAAUCACUCAGACAUAAAUAGGCACACAAAAAAGACUGCAUCAAAAGACAUGUCAACCUUAUUGGAUUAAAAGAUAUAUUUUUGAUGCAUGACAAAAAAAAGAAAAAAGAAAAUAUUUUGGGAAAUUUCUUAUAAAAGAAAAACUUACUCUGUUAGUCCAACCAUGAGUUUGUUUUACUGCGAUUCAGCCAGACUUAGAUCUUUAAAUAUUUCUUUGCAGAGUUCCUUUUGAGAACGAACAAUAAUGACAGAAAGCAUGUCAGAGAAAAUUUUAUUAUGCGUCUAUUUUUAUGUUAAAGGGAUAUUCCGACGUAAAAUUAAUUGAGGGUCAAACACACCGUAACACCGAGUUAGACACCCCCCUUGAGAGAUGAAUGUUGCUGACCGCUUGCUUCUCUAGUUAUACCAACUUUAGAAACGAAUGCAGGAUAGUAAUACACAGCGGUCUGAGGAGCCAUAAACAAACCUCAACCAAAACGCCACUCUAAAGCCACAAAUAAUGCUUAGAACAGCACCUAACUUCAUCAACAGUACAUAUAGGGUCCCAGCCAUAGUACUAGCCACCAAACAUCUUUUUAACUUUGCCUAAUUUCCUUAGCAAAGAAACUAAACACAACUCACCUACUCUCUUCCAGCAGACGCUUGUUUGUAGCAAGACCUUGGGCCAAUCCAUUAGGGACUGCUGUGGGGGGACGCCGCUCAAUGAAGGACAUUUAUGAUCAUUUCUUUGUGGAAGUGCAAUCAGACCAAGAUGCUAAGGCAGAAGAACUACCACGUCUGCAGUGCAAAAUGAUUAAUGUGAUGAUUAUUACUUAAAGGAAAUGAUAAAGUAAUGAUCAUAAAUGUUCUUCCUUGAGCUGUGGGGUGAUGCAGCUCAAGGAAGAACCUGAGACUGCUAUCCUGCAGUCAUUACUAAAGUUGGUAUAACUAGAGAAGUAAGUAAGGGGAUGUCUAACUAAGGGGGUGUCUAACUUGGUGUUACGGUUUUUGACCCUCAAUUAAUUUUACGCCAGACUAUCCCAAGUUUGACCCAUGUUCCAUCUGUUUACAUGGAGGCAACGGGCUGUACUGCAGCAACCAAGGGGAACUGGCUCCACAUGUUUGGCUUCACUCUUGAGUAGCUGUCAUGCUGUCUAUCUUGUUAUACAUUCCAGUGUAUCCUGGUGAUGCAGCCUCAACCAUCCCCAGCCACUCUGUUCAGAAGACCGUCACAGUAACCCGGAGCGCCACCUUUAUUUUUGCCAAAGUAGUAAUGCUCAGUUGUGUCUGUGAGCGACUCCAGGCCUGUUUUAAGUUGUGACUCAGACAGCUAAAAAGCCUCCAUCUUCGUAGCCCGUGUCCACAGCUAUGUGUUGCAGUCCGGCUGAACCUAAGCUGAGAGCUCCACCAUGCUGCUGGUGGACAACUUGAGAUAAGCCGUGAAGCAAAGAGGGAUUUAGAGAAUGAGAGGAAAGGCUGUGGAGCUGUGGAGCUGUGGGGAAGAGCUAAAAAUGAGUGCAGCCAUAAGCCUCAAUUUGAGUUAUAAAUUAAAAAAUCAAUGUGUUGGAGUAAGCGGUAUGAGGCGCUGGAUUCUCUGGUUGUUGACAUAUUGCAGUAAACACUAACAGGUGCACCUUCUCCCUGGGUCACUCCCUGGCUGUGCACCAAGACAGAGCAGUCUCAGGGAGUGUGUGUGUGUAAGUGAGUGUGUGUUCAUGUCCAUAAAUGAGACAGAGAGCAGGGAAGGAGGGGGGAAGGGGGGUGGAGCAGGGGGAGGGAGGGAGUCUACGAACAUCUGCUGUCCUCUAGAGUUUUUCAUUUUUGCUGAGCGCUGCAGUACGCAGUCACUAAUCAAAUCGCACAUGUCAGGACUGGCAAGUGGAAAUGUGUGUGUUUUUGUGUACUAGACAGAGGCAGUGUGAGUGUUUGCUUGUUUAUCUUUGCGUAUGUGUGUGUGUUUGCUUGUCUGUGUGUGUUUGUUUGUGUGUGUCCAUGACCACAGCAGCAGUAAAGGGUGAAGGACCCAGCAGCACCUGUUCGUGGGUGUGAACGUUUGUAACUUUUGCACCUUCAAAGGUUUAAAAGUCUCCAAAAACACAUCUUGUGGGCAUUAUUUUUAUUAUUUACUAAUUAAAAACUUUGGCUUUAUGUUAGGAGGAAAUCUGUUUGUAUGGAGGACUGCUAAUUACUUUCCUCCUCAGACAUUGUGCCCAGUGAUGCUGCCGUCUUACGAGAUAAAAGUUUAUUUAAAACUGGAUAAUGGUUUCCUUCUGCCAAGAUCACCUCUCAAACUUGAGUAGAAACAUGUGGGCACAACUCAGUUCAGUCUAGACUUGAAAUUGAAAUGUAGAACAUCUGUUAUCUCAGAUUGAUUGCAGCUUAUCUAAUUUAAUCACCAUCUAUUUUCUGUUUAUUUGUGUAAUAAAAUCUUCUGCAUAUUUCAAACCCAUAAUCAGGGACGCACAAUAUUAUUGGCAUAUCAGUAUUAGCAGAUAAAGGCUGAAAAAGUUUAUAAUCAGGACUAGCAGAUGUGAAAAUUAAUGGCCAGAAGGGGGAAAUUCUUUAAUUAUGUGCGUGCCAUGGCUACGGAAGACGAGAUUUUUUCUUUUUUUAAGUACUGUUAUCUCAUGAUAACGACUUACUAUCUCGUUAUCUCAACAUAACAAAGAUUGUUUUCCCGUGAUAACGAAUUAAUUAAUAAUGUGUCCGCCGUUGUAAUUGUUGUUCUCAAGUUUCACGCAUGGCAGUUAAAUGUUCCCACGUUGAAAGUGUAAUGCACGUGUGGAGCGUGACGUCAGCGUUUGAAUUGAAAAGCCCAGCUUGCUGUUGAAUAUGGUUGCUGCGGCAUUUCAGAAAUAUCAAACCUGGAGGGUGUUUUUUAAAAGUUAACAUUGAGGUUGGCAAAAUAAUCUGUUCUUAAUAAUAAUUAGGGAAAAACAUUCAUAAUGUCGAGAUAACAAAAAGAAGGUGCAUAAAAAAUAAAGAAAAAUCAAUGGCUGUUCUCAUAUUCUGUACAUUUGUGUUUUGAAGUCACACUAAAAGUGAUGUCCAUGCCUUAAGUGUGUCUCAGAAUAGGGAAAGGAAAUCCCAGCAAAAUGGAAAAUCAGGUAUUGGCUAAAAAAAAUUUGAAAAAUAUAAGCAUAUCAGAUAUGAGCAAGAGUCCAGUAUCAUGCAAUAACUCUUAAAUAUCGCAUUUAGUUCUCAUAUGCAAUUUUCCUAGUGGAGACUGGUGGGGAAGCAUCCUAAUGCCUUCUCUUCAACAGCAACCACUGGUCAGCAGCCUGCAGGCAGAGGUUCUGCAAAAGGGCCAUCCACACCAGGGUGCAUAACUAUCAUAAUAACUAUGCUGAUCAGCUGGCAGCCUUUCUGUUGUUCCCCUGAAAGUGAUCCCAAGCCCAGUAAAAUGUGUGUGCAUUUAGGUACAUCAUUUGGUGGGAGGGGCUGAGAGAGGUGAGAUGGUACCAGUGAUUUUUGUUGUUGUUGUUGUUGUUGUUGUUGUUUAUUCCAACUUGAAGAGAUUUAAUUCAUUUACUAGUUUAAAAAAUGACCACAGGGAUUAUCCUUUUUUUUUAUUAUUAUUAAUUUCAGCAUUAUAGUCCAAAUAAAUAAAUGACUUUCCACUGCAGCAGCAACAUUGAUAUUCUAAUUAGGCAUCUUGUAACACAGUCAUGUUAAUUAGUUGGACGUGGGUUCAGCAAAUGAUCAGAGGCUCAAAGUAUCAACAGUGCAUGCAGAAAAUUAGAGCAGCAGUCUCAUGUAAAGCCAAGUAGGCAAUUAUUUUCCAAUAGUAGAGCACAUGAUUAGCAAAGAAUGAAACUAGCUCUGAAAGCUAGUUCUGCUCAAAAACCUAAAGAAAACUCUCCCCAAAGUCAAGAAUGACCUUUCAUACUCAGAUAAUCUGAAAUAUUCAGUGAAUUUCAGCCCAGCAGAUCCUUUGUGAACCCUCUUAUUACGGCACAAGCAUUAGGCAUGCGGUACUCCACCCGUGCCGAAUACAGGAUAAUUCCAUAGGACUGUAUAUUGUUAGGCUUGGAAAUAUAUGUCAGAUAAAAAUAGACUUCCCCCAACUUUUUCCAACCAGCUCGUCCGUCACAAAGACAGAACAUGAUUCAUUACAGUAUUACUCCUGCCUGUGAGCAUCCGUGCAUUCAAGCCGGUGCAUAAUACACGUUAUAAUGCAUGUAUACAUGCAUGGUUGGUGCUGCUGUGUGAUCCAGCAGUGCAGUAUGACUGAUGACUGGUGCUGCACCGAGUCCUCGGGCUGCACCACGCUGCCCCUCUCCUCCUUGCUCUGUGCCAAUUAGUCGUGUUCUCCUGCAGACGGGUCAUCCCUUUCCGCUUGAAAAAUCCCCGAUUCCUCCUCAUGCUCCUCACCAAACUAAAGAAUGCAGACCUCAGGCAUCCCAGACAGCCAAAAGUUCUCCCAGAGCAUGUGGAGCACAGCUUAUUGAUUUUUUCACUCUCCCUGUAUCUAUUUUAUAUCCUGUGGCUUUAUGUCAAAUUGUAAGCUUGACAAAAAAAAAGUUAAAGUAGGUUUAUUUAUAGCCAGGGCCUCUGCUCUUGGUGGUUUGUAAUCCUUACUAUAGCGAAACUUAGACAUCAUAUCUCCCUAUAAGCAACUUGACACCAAUUUUAACUGAAUAGUGGACAGAGCUACUUUCUGAACUGGCUGUUUUUCCUUUAACGUCUUCAUAACAGCUGACCAUGACCUUUUUCUAAAAACUUAAACUGUGUUUAGAGCCAGCCUUCAUGUUUACUGAUAUUUGUAUAAUAAGAUGUUUCUUCAUUUCAAUCCAGUGAAGGCAAGAAUUUACAGUUUGGCAGAGUGUUAAAAGUCUCAGCACUUUCUAGCCUCACAGACCUGCUCUAUGUAUUCCUAUAGAUGCAUCUUCUAUAAUGGGAAACAUACAAAUGCUCACAAAAGCCAGGGUAUAACCUAAGUAGAUGUUUAACCUUAUGUGCAGAGGCAAGAGUCCUCUCAGCUGGUGGCCUGUGUCCAGUUCCCUGUGGCUGAAUAUUAUUGUCCACUCUCUCCUCCAGUUUCUUUCUCCAUCUACUGCCCUGUUUGUUUGAUACAGAAUAUACAAUGGUUACCUGGGUAACACUGAACACUGCAUGGGUUAUGCAGCUACAAUAAAUCCCCUUCUGAAAUGGUCAAUACAUUUCCUUUUUGCAGUUUACAUUUUCCAAAACUAGUUUUCUGGCCAGUCUACAUUAAAAAUCACCAUCAACCUAUUCACAGAUUCAAGCUACAAUUCAGAGUGCAUUUCCAUGACGACUAUUCUUUAAAAGCUACACAAAAUAUGUGCCAACUUCUCCUCUCUUUACUGUUGGUUUUUCAAACAUACCAGUCUGAAUUGCAUCCUUACAACACUUUUCUAUUAUGUACCAGGACUACCUUUUUUUCCUGCCUGUUUUUGUUGAGUUUCCUCUUUGAAUGCAGCAGCUGUGUGUUCUGAAAAGUAGGACUCCUAAAUCCCCAAAAACAGGACACAGGUGCAGAAAAAAUGAAAGUAAAAUAGUUCCACCUGCAGUAACUGUGGCUUGUAUAAUAAAGAGGUUUUUUUAUGAAUCUGCAAAGCUUUUGUUGGUAUUUUUCUUUUUUUGUGACAAUUUUCACAGCGUUUUUUCCCCCCUAAGCAAAGCGAGGAUGUUUUUUUCUGUCUUGACCACACAGAUAUCUUCUUGUCUCCUGUGGAAGUAACUCUGUCAGCAGUGUUUAUGGGGGGCUGUUAUUGAUCUGUGUGUUUCCUGUCAAGGUGCUGUAUCUGCUGGGGGCGAUGUCUCUGUCCAUGGCUCUGCAGCUUGACCGUCACGGUCUGUGGAACCUGCUGGGACCCAGUCUGUUUGCUUUGGGCAUCAUGGCCGUGGCCUGGGUAAGGAUAACAUACAUACUAAGUGAAAAAAGACCAGUCGAGUUUACAGCUAAAAUAAGGACACUCUGCUAUAAUUUCUGCAAGCCUCAGUCGUUAACAUUCAGAGUUACAGCAAGAGUAAAAUGAAGGCAUUUAAUUAAGUUAAAUAUCAAUUUCAGCUUUAAUCCCAUAUUUCAGAGAUUUAAUUCCCUUUUUACUCAAAUUGCUAAUUCUUGCAGCGUUUGAACUCCUGGUCAGGACAGGAUGAAGAUAAUUAAAUUUAAUACAUAAUGUGUGUUUAACAUUCAUAAGCAAGCUUGUUCAAACAUGCAGAUGAAACGUCUCAGCGCUGCCCCUCCAUUGUUCCUCCUGCCACUAAGUGUAAAAAGGACUUAAUCCAUCGUUUAAGCUCAAGGCUGGAACAUGGGGCUGAAACAUGUGCAUGGCUAAAAACUGUGUCUUUCUGACCAAUAAAGCUAUUUUACAUUAACAUGGAAGAGGCUUUAAAAGUUUUGCAGCCUGUGGGUAUUAGUCAUGGGUUGUAGUUCCAUUAUAAGUCAGCUUGUACUUUCACUGACUCUUCUCCCAGUCAUAAUGUGCUCCCUGAACUGAGAAGAUAAAAAAUAAUAGUCUUUCAGGCUAGGUUCUUGGAAAAAAAUAAACCUUUAACACCAAACCACGGACAUGAGUUUGAAAACAAGGUUUGUGGCUUCCUCGGAGAAGGCUUCGCUUUGAGUAAAGAGUGGGUGUAGUGGCUCUGAGAAUUAUCUUUGUGCAAGCUGGAGGAUCGUAGAGAAAGUGUGGCAGAUGAGAAAAUGUUUAAUUCCACCAUGUAAAGCAUCCCGUUAUAGCAACAAAGGGAGGAGAUGGUACAUUGUCUGUUACUAUGGAGGAGACGUGUAUUUCAAGCCUAGCAACAGCACUUUAAGACACAUGUACACAUUGACUCUUCUUUCAAAUGAGAGUGUAUGUGGAGCUUUACAUAAUCUUUUUUUUCCCAGGCUUUGAGGCAUAUAGAAGCAUAUUAUAGAUGGCUUGUUUCUGACUUGUGGCUUAUAUGCAUGUACUGUAUAUUCUUCCAUGACAUUUUAAUAUCUUUUUCACUUAUAAUACACCUUACAUAUUACUUCAAAUGUGGCUCUGUCACAUCAAUUCAAUAUAAUUGAAUGUUAAUGAAACGUAUGUGUAGUGUAAUGGAAACUAAGGUGAAACAGAUGAUCAGUUUAACAACCAUGUGGAUAUCUCUUAUUAGAGUCACUCAAGUUCUUGGUUAUGUUAAUCAUUGACAAAUUUUUGUUUCACAAACUCCACUGGACUCCACCAGAUAUUUUUAAAACCCUCAGUUUUCCUCAGGACAAAACCAACUUAUUAAAUCUGUUAAAUUACUCCAAGUUGCUCUUUAACAUUGUUGAAAUGCCAAUCCUGAAACUACACACUUGUCUUAUCGAAGUAACAAACUGUCUUAGAUUCAUUUCCAGGGAUCCUCAGGUUUGUGAUUUUGAAGAACCUCCCCCCAGAAACUUUUCAUCCCCUUUUAAGUUAAGGUUUAGGCUUUUGUGCCUUUAUUGAGGGACUAGGACAGUGGAGCAGCAAAGUCUUAUAUGUAAGGGAUAAUGCAUAGUGAGCAGACUGUUCUCACAGAUAUGAGCCCUGACAGGGAGAGCAGGGCUGAAUCUAUCCAUCAGUCUUUAUUCAGCUCCAUAUUUUUUUCUUUAUGCUUCAGCUUCAGUUUUGUGGAUUUCUCUGUAACACUCUACAGUUUCUCUUUAAAACCUCUUCUGCCUCUCUUUUGUCUGUUUUUCUUUUUCCCACCAUAAACAACUUAACUUAAUAAAUGUGACUCAUAAAUUGAAUAACAUUUAGUCCUCUAGAGUCCGUGAUUAGGGUCAUAUCCCUUGAAAUGAUCUGUUUGUCUGAGCAACUAUUCUGGGAAGGAGACUGUUUUGAUGUAAUUACAAAGAAUUAACACAGAUCUGUAACAAUAUCUUUAAAAUCCAAUUUCGUACUGCUGCAGCUUAAGGCAGGAAUUAAUAUCAAGUUUCUGACAGGCUAAUGUGACACAAACAAUGCAAAUAUUAUAGUUUUGUAUAUGGUGACGCACCAAACAGUAUCUUGACGCAGUUGUAAACUCUAAACUGCAACUUUUCCAAAUAGAGCCCACAGUCUUAAACAUAACCCAGGUUUAAGCUUUGACUGCUUCACCCUCCAUGAUCUAUCAGCCGUUCAGAAGCAUACGUCUGCGUCUCAGCAUUCUCUCCUCACUCUUCUUUUGUGCGUUCUCCACAAGAGCCCUUUUCAUUUCAGCGUGUCAUGUUUCUGCAAAGCCUGGCAUUCUGGAUGUUCCCAGACACAACCGAAUUAGAUCAGUCAAGCGGGAGGGCACGAAACGCCUGCCACUUUGCAGGGGUGUCGUGAGCAGUGAGAAAAGGGGCAGAAGUUCAAAUCCGUCAACGCCAACUAUCUCUGAGUCUUCAAACUAAAUGAGGUCCCUGACUUAUGCAUAAAAAGACAAUCCCGGUCAGAAACUGUUUGUAUUAAGCAGAGAAAAGUGCAGCUCCGAAGGGACUGGAAGAGUAAAAACACAUUUCAUGUUUUCCUCACUUGGCUUCACAUAGAUUAUUAGUCUUUAACUCGAAAUGUAUUCAGCGUAAUAACUCAAUCAGAGCUAUUUUCCUGCUAGAAAACACAUAAUUAUUUUUGUCAUUCAUGAACAGCUUACUUCUCCCCUGACGAAGCUCGGAUGCUUUAUGGGAGCGUUUUUUAGGGGGGAAAAAUAUAAUCCAGGCAAUCAGUGUUUAUGAAGCCAUGAAAACAGAGACUGAAUGAAAUAAUGAAGCACUCUCUGAACGCUGUUUAGGAAGAAAUGAAAUUUCCAAGUCUCACUUUGCCACACAUUCAGCAACUGUGGGCCACUUACAGAGGAAAAAAUGAGCUCUGUCUUUAUUAAACGAAUGGAGACAUCAUAUCCAGUAACUGGCAAACACAACAUGAGCGUAAACAACAAAACAGCCAGAGCAGACACUGACCAAUCACUGAGGCCCAAUUUUAGGCAUCUAUCAGCUGAUUAUGAUCAGCAUGAUAGACUUUAUGCUGCAGCAGUCGGUGUGAGCAAAAAAACCUGACAAUAAAAGUGGAUUUAUGAAGAAUCCCGUCUCUCUCUGUUCUUGUGAUCACAGCAAGCCGCCUGCUGCUUCUUCACUAAAAUCUCUUCAGUCUCCAUGUGUGAACGACUGCUGUCUGUAUGAUCUCCCCUCAAUAUCCUGUUUCUACAUGACAUGUAAUCACAAUGAAUCACGGAAAUUAGAGCAUAAAACUGAAGGUCUUUGGGAUCAAUUGCAAAAGAAAUAAAAUUAAAACGCAUAAUUCGACAGGACCCUUCGCUCUUUAAUAAUUUUGUAGAGCGAAAUUGAUUCUGAUUGUUUCCUCGGAAAUAAUGGUUUAAUUUGAGACUAAUUACUGAACAAAUUGAAAUUCAAAUUGAAUGGCAAAUUAUGUUUUAGUAAUUUCUUAUAGAAGCCGAGGCUGGGUUUGAAAGUAAAAUAUGUGGAGAAACAAAUGCAAAGACAUUUUAACUCUUUGCAAAUCUCAACCAGGUAUUUAAAGUUUACCCAACAAUGCCCAACAAUUACCCAACAAAGUUUUCUCUACUAAAACCAUAUUUGUUGCCUAGUUACACAAAAGACCUCUGGCAAAUGGUAGAAACUACAUUUAUCUCAAAAGCUCUUGGAUACACAAGCAAGCUCUAGAAGCCAAAGAAAUCCCGUCACAGCCUAUUAGAAAUGUCUAUUGUUACUUUGAAACAUGAUUACAGCCUUGUUUAAAAUUUGUUUUUGUUAAAUAUGUACAGAGUGACUUUUGUAAGUCAUUUGUUUUGGUAAGAAUUAUUCCUCAUGGGGCACUGGUUUAACUUAGUAGUGUAGGCACCCCCUGUAUGAGGCUAUUAUCAUGAAGUGGGUUUUUAUUUACAUGCACAGCUUGAUCGAACUAGGCUCAUAAUUCAUUUUUUUUUCGCCGAAUCAGACUUCUCUCCUUGUCCACAUGCAGUUGAGAAUAUCGAAUUAUUGACGUCAACGUGUCCUCCUCCCCAAAACUAGAGGGGAAUAUGAGUCUCUUCAGUGGCGCUGUUUCUGACCCCAUACAACUGCCAACAACAACAGCAGGUUGCGUGCCAGACAUCAGAAGUGACUACAACUGCUGCUGGGUAUUUUUGAACAAGAAGAUGGAGCAUCAUACAGAGUUGUUUUUGUCGUACAUGGUGUACCUCUAGUGUUUUCGUUCCGGGUUUACAGGGGGCGUGGUGCACGCGAACAUGCAUUGUCCUAUUAUACUGUGACUAUGCUGGUUACAUGGUAGAGAAAAUUGAAUUCCAUCACAUUAUCUGGGUGUCUUAAUCAGAAUUCUUCGACUCCAGUUGGAGUUCUCAAACUCUGGUAAUAGUCGGAUUUGGGUGUUUCACAUGCACUUCAGCUGUCUGGUCUUAACAGGAGUAAGGCAAUAAUUCGGUUUUCUCGAGUGUCAUGUAAAGGUACCUAGCGUCUCACUGAUGGUGGGAUGGCAACAGGCUAAGAAAUGUGAGAUUCUUAGCCUGUUAAAAACUUAGUGACUUUAAAGGACGUGUAAAACUGAUCAUUGAAUGUCAUUAACACCAAAUUUGACUUCCUUGACAACAUAAAUUAAAGAUGUUGACUGUUUUACUAUAAAACAUUGUUUUUUGUGUCUGUUGUCCUGUCAGACGGUGCGCACCAUCCGCAGGCGGCGCUGCUACCCUCCCACCUGGAAGCGUUGGGUGUUCUUCCUCUUCCCGGGCACCAUGAUCGCCACGUCAGCUGUGGCCCUCUACGCUUUUGUGGAGACAGAGGAGAACUACUUCUACAUCCACAGCAUCUGGCACAUGCUGAUCGCAGGGAGCGUGGGCUUCUUGCUGCCGCCUCGCGCCAAACCAGACGCCAAGGUGACCCCGCUGAAGCGCAGGCGGGGCUGUGGCUAUCAGCUGUGUGUGAACGAGCACGAAGAGCUGGGCCUGGUGGACCCCGCUAUCAUCUCCAUCAACAGCAUCUGCACCAGCUGAUAAACUCCCAGCUCCACCUUUUACCUUACAGACACUUCAUUGCCUUCUUUUACUUGGGAAAUUCACACACGGGAAACUAAGCCACAGAACUUGAAAAAGCAAUGUAAAUACUUUACUGCAGAUGUAACACAUUGGAUUUCUUUCGGUUUGUUUUGGUUGUUAUUGUCAUGGUUACUACUAUCAAUACAACUGUAAUUAUUAUAAUCUAUAGUUAAAGUUGUUCUGAUGAAUUGUGGGUGUACAGUGACACACUGGUGUUUGUGAAUAUGUAUUUAAAGUCAAAGCUGAAACACUGCUGCUAUCUGACGGUGACUGUAAACUGCUUCUGUUGGUUAUUUAUUGGUGGUCUUAUAAACAGGCCAGUUAUUUUAUGGCGUGGGGCACAGAACAGGGGGAGACACGGGGGGACAUUUAUCAAGGGCACGGCUUUUCUGAAAUUCUUUUGAAAUAUAUAUCUUUUGCACUGAGACACAAAAAUGUUAUUCUGUACAUUUUUAUAACAAUAUAAACUACAGUGGGCAUCACAAAUGUAAAACCUAGUUGUCAUGUGGAAUGUUAGACUGUCUUUUUGCAAAUGCAAUGUAUCGCUUUUACACGAAUGUGCUGAUUGUUCUCGAAGGGAGCAAAUCCAAAGUCCAGCUUCCUGUCAAAAGAGAAGAGGGAGGUAGGCACGAUCAUCUCUGAGACCUCAAACCAAGACCUCACCCCCUUGUUCUUUCCUUACAGGACCAUGUGUGACACCACAUUCAUAAACAAUAAAUGUUUUCUUUCUUUGCCUCAGUAUUA